ACUGAGGCUUCAAAUCUGAGUGUCAAAAUCUUAAUUAAAUCUUUCACUGGACUUGGACUGUGGGAACCCUUUUCACUGGAGCAGGAAUACGGGCGGACCGUCUGACUUUCAGCAGGUUUGAACUUUAAUUUUUAUCUUAAAUUGUGCUGAUUUUGAACUGAUUGACUGUUAUCAAAGUUUAGAUCGUAAACAGAGUAACUUUUUGUUUAACUGAUGGAUCACCAGCAUUAAUCCAGAGGGUAAACGUCAAACAAACUAGUGGCUGGAUGAAAAGGUCGACAUUAGGAGGCAUUAUCGCACAUGUAGGAGUGCUUUGAAAAUGAAACACAUGGCAAUUGAAGAGUUCAAACUGUUAUUUUUUAUAUGAUAGAAAAAACUUUUUUUUCCAUUUAAAAUAGCAUAUCAUUAAUAUAGAUGCAUUCUUGUCCAUUAAACUGCACACUUCAAAUAAAAAAUAUUGCUAGUUUAUUGUAAUCAUCCAUAAGUAGCAGGUAAUAAUUAAUUAUUGUUGAUCAGCAUUAGCUUCAAAAAAAGACCCUUUAGUGCAUCUCUGUUAAAAAUGCCUUUUAAGGUAACACAAGGGUCUCUUUACUUUUGUAACCUAACAUAACCUGAACUUAGCUUUAAUAUUCGCUUUGUGUGCUACAAACUUAUUCAUACUUGUCAGGCAAUAACAGGUAAUCAUCACGAAAGAAGGAGGACGGCUACAGAGGUUCCUAUAUCCUUUCCUUUCUUUCCAGGAGAUAACAGUUUGCUCAGAUUAAUUUGGUCAGACUCUUGUCUGCAGGAGAUUGGCUGAGAGGAAACAAGUGUUGACAGUGAUGGACAAAAAGGACGAGGAGAAAACAAAGAGACACAAAGACAGGGACAGAAAAGCACUGAGGCAAACAGGGAGAGAAUUGUGAGCCUGGAAAUGGAUGGUGAGUGGGUUGGGGAGCAGAGGUUAUCUUUGUGUUAGUUAUAAAUUUUGUCUGUUCCUGAUCACAGCAUCCUGAGCCGGGCGGCAGAGAUACGUGCUGCUCAGAGGAAUCUGCAGGCCGACUGCAGAGGGAUCUUUACUGCCUUCAUAAAUUUAGAGCAGCAGUCGCUGUGAAAUGAAAUAACAGCCAGAGAUGUGGGAUAUUUAUAGAUCAGUGCCAUCAGACAAUAAGAGAGAAAGGAAAAGAAAUCUGUUGGGUCUGAUCCGUCGAAUGAUCGCACACACUGAACAAACCCACUGCAGGGGUCAGAGGUCAGCAUGGUGACUGAUUUGCUGACUGAAUGUAAUGCUGUUAGCAGAGAUAUAGCUCAGACGAAGGAGAUAAAUCUUUAAACCAAUUUCACUGAACAGCAUGCUGUUUGCAUUUGCAGAAAGUGAUCACUUCAGUUUGACAUGUAUAUUGUAAGACGUUAACAAGGCUGUGACACUGACCAGGGGUGGUGAGAAUAAACGCUUGCUGGUUCAAUCAGCCUAAUGUUGUUCUUGAUGAGAUGUUGGACUGCUGUUUUACUAAAUAGCUAGACUUUGAGGCUUUAGAUUUUUAGUUUUAAACAAUCAAAAUGUAUAUGCAUUGAGAUUCAUUAAAUAUGUACAAAAAUCUCCGUAAAAGAAUCAUUUGGGAUUUUUCUGUCACUCCAGACUCCAUCAGUGUGAUACUGACGUCUACCUGGCUCUUAUACAUUUGCACAUUUCUGGACAGUGUUUGAGCUGUCUGAGAUAGAAUUAGGAGGAAGCAGAGGCUCCAAGAUCUGGAAGAAUUAAUUUUUAUCUGUAACUAAGUUUGGUGUGGCAGAUUGCUUAUUUAUUGUUAUAGGUCUACAGUUUCUCUACUAUAGUUAGCUAUCAGCAUAUAGAUGCAUAGUUAUCUGUGAUGUGUCUUAAUGAUGUCUCCUAAGCAGGAUUCGGUACAACAUUUACAUAAUGGACCAUCGCUUAGUACCAUCAUAAAAGUCAAAUACACUCCUUGUCAUUAUGGAGACACAUAUGGCACUUCAGUACACUUUUAUUUUGGGUCCAAGAAAAUAUUUAUAGCCACAGUUGUUCGCAAGAUAAUGUUGAGCUACUUGACUUCAAGUAGAGAUACUAUCUCUGUAUUACUACUGUUUUCUAUGUGUAAUACACAGACAUACCUGCCAACAUUUGGGUUAUUAUCCUGGAGAUUUUUGUGGAGCAUGCCGGACAGUUUUGGGGUGACCUUGUAUGGUGGAUAUGAGAUAAUUAUGAGAGUAUUUGUAAUUAAAUUGCUCAUCCAAAUAAGUAAAAGUGAAGCUGCACAGUUUUUUGUUUUAUUUUCACAAUAACAAAUGGUAAUAAAAAUAAUAGAUACAAUAUGCCUUGAACUUAUUUAGUUCACUAAUACUGGUGUUGAAGUCCUCAUGUGUUUUACAUGCUAUGAGGCUCUCUGAACAUCUAUGUGUGCAAUACAGCACUCUUUUAUCUGAGGCUGCCCUGAACGCAUCACUCCAAUGCAGUGCAAGACUAUCAACGUAAAUAUUAUAUCUCACGUUUGUUUCUCUUUCAUUGAAGUGUUCAUUUUGCAACAAACAUUGCUUGAAUAUAGUUUACAGCUUAAAUCAACCUGAAUCAUCACAAAUUGUAAAGUAAAAGUAUCAAUCCAGUGUCUGUGAGGCUCAGCAGAAACACAGGACGAUCUUCAGUUGUCAGGAAACCUGAAAACUUUGGAAAAAUAUAGCCAUCCAAUUCGUGAAUGAACGUGCAGCAUGCAAACUAUGGGAGAUUCCCGGGUGAACGGGAUAGUGUUGGCAGGUAUGCACACAGAGCAGAUCAGCCCAGCAGCACUGCCUUGUAGGGAAGUUCUGUGUUUGAGUUUUCAUUCAUUAUUAAUAGAUUACCACUAUGAAGGGUGAAAAUGACUAAAAUAAUCACAAGCUUUUUCCUUUAAGAGUGAAACAUACAAGGAUCCUACUUUGCCUCCUACUUUGACAGGAAUGCAGCUUCAGAGGUCAGAACUGAUGCACCACAGCCUCCCACAUCAUCCACAAAUAUUGAAUAUUUUAUUUUAUCCUGUACAGCUGCAGCACAACCAUGACUGUUUUUUUUAUUGUGGUGUAUAUGUGUGAUUUGAUGGCUAAGCUGGGGGCCAUGUUCUAGGCCACCAAAAUUCGUGGUCCGGCCCUGGAUAAGGAUUAAAAAAGGGAUAGAUAUUGAACUAAAGUUAGGUUUUAUUCUCUUUUAAAUCAUAAAAUCAAAAUACAGCUUAAACAUCAAACCAGAGUGAUUCUUGCCAGCAUUGUAUCUCAGCAUCACACCUGCCUCAGUAAUAACACAUCGAAUCAAAGGUGAAUUUGGCUCACUUGAGUUUUUGUUCUGCCAAAUUGUAUGAGUCACAAAUUACCAUCCAUGAAGAAAUCUACCUGAGAAAAUCAUUUUGACUAUAUUCAAACUUCAUUUUUACUCAUUAUGUGAUGCUGAACCCUCUCUGAAUAUUCAGGCUGACUCAUCUUGCGUCACUUAUUUUUGCAGCAAAUUGCCACUGUGUGCUUAUUUGUGUAUUGGCUUUAUGCCCCAUGAAAUAUGAAUGGCAGAUUUACCCUCUGACACUCCCUCUGUUGUCUGUCCAAAAGCAGCACAUCAAACCAGCAUUUGCCAACAGGUCAGCAAUGCACUGAGACCGUUUAGACAUCCUGGCCUGCAAACCUGCACUUAAUAUCACGCUUCACAACCCCAUCAAUACCCCUGCAGCAGUGCGAAAAAGGCCCAGCUCAGCCUAAAUGCUCCCUGAACACCAAAGGGACACAUUCAUCCACCUCACUGUUCACAGAGGUCAAAGCCACCGAGAGGGAAUCAGCUGUCCUCUGUCUGCAAGGAAAUGCAGGAGCAGUCGGUCAGCCAGUCAGUCAGACAGUCAGACAGUGUGUUAGCUAAUUGUGCAGUCAGUUAACCAGAGAACCGGGUCCUGACAAAUCAAACCCAAAAUUUCUCAUGAGUUUACUCUAGUUACCUCUGUUAAUUGUGACAGUGAUCAUUUUCACAAAAUAAUCACUGGUCAAUAAUUCAGCUCGCUCGUAAAGUAAAUGCAUAGUGGAGGUUUCAACAACUACUUGACUAGUCUACCAGUGAACCACUUCAGCCAUUAGUCGGCGCUGUAUGCAACAGUCAGCCUAUCAUAAACAAAAUGGCAGAUGGUUUUUGUGUCACUAGCUCAAAAAAAGCGCAUGAUGUAACAUAAAAUACAGUUUUUUAUUGUUACAGUGUUCAAUUCCCACAGAGCAAUAGACGGCUAUUAGACGUCUAGUUUUUUUUAGACCAAAUUUCAACCAUCUAUAUUCUGUAUGCUUUUAGACAGGAUUUAGACGUUGCACUUUAACCCAUUAUUCGAUAACUAUUUAUUUCAAAAAGCAACUGUGAGUUGCAUAACUGAUCUCAAAGUACGGAACCAAAAUAAUUAUGCUAGCCAUUGAGCAAUAUACAGUGUAGUAUAGAUAUAGCCCAUAUUUAGAUUUAGUCUAAACUUGGUCUAAAUUUAGAUGUCUAAAAAAACUUUCAUUUUUAGACCUGUGGUGGCCUGAUUUUAGACCAGUUGUCUAGGCUACAUUUAGACAUCUUUUAGACUUCUUUUAGACCAAAAAAUGCUCAGUGGGUGUAGUUUUGUGUAUUGGUCAAACACAGAUGAAAGGUGCCAAAAUAUGCACACAAUUUUCAUGUAGAUGUCUGAUGUCAUGAAAACCCAGCAACCAGCAGACAUCUAGGCCGCUGCACCUCUUUACAGAAAAUAGAUUAUUUAGUGUUUUGUUCAGAAGCUUUGUUGAAACUUCAUCAUUUUGAAAAGAAUAAAAGCAUCUGAAGAAGUUAGACUGUGGACAAAAAAGCCUUAAAAAACUUCUGUCUGCUGUUCUUUGUCGCAGUAAAUCCUAACCCACGGGUAUUUGUUAGUUUUUCUCUCUUUGACAGCAGUCUUCAAGCUCAGAGCUUGGUUUAGGGGAUCUAGCUGGAGCUUCUGCAGGUGGAAGUUGAUUUCCUCCAUCUCUUCAGUUUGGGCAGACUGGCUCCUCUUUUCAGUGGUGCAAGGAACAAUCAUGGUGGAUUUUCUCAGCCGAGCAGCUUGUUUUUACUCCAGUUUCACUCUGAGGUUGAGGAUGCCUGUUUUUAGAGCCUGAACCUUCUCUUUGCGCUCCUGUUCAGCCUCUUUCACCUGGUUUGGACUGAAGUUUUACAAUGCAAUUCUGCAGCUCCUGAGUCAGCUCUGAAGUGUCUCUUUCUUCCGUCUGUGUGCACUGUUCAGCUGUUGAGCUCUCUAGGGCAGUGUUGCUUCUCUGCAUGAGUCUCUACCCUGCCAUAUCCAGUUUAAGUUCAUUAGCAGUGACUUUGUUUUGUGCAUUGAGCAAAUUCAGUCUUAUCAAGCUGUGUCCUCAGCUCUGCUGCUUUUCUUUCUGCUGCAACAUGCUGACAGUAAUUCAAGUGCUGCAUAUGUUGGGCAUCUAGAAGUUGCUCUCUAAGAAGAGCAUUUCAUCCGACAGCUGAGUCAGCAAGUCCUCCUGGAGAGAGUCAAGCUGGUGACUGUGCUGUUGUGUUUCACCUGCUGGUGCUUUCAGGUUUCUUCUUCUCUGUUUUUGUGUGCUGCUGUCAAAUUGUCUAGCCAUCACUGAAGUGAAAUUAGCUACUUACAAUAGUAGAAGACAACAGAUUUUAAAAGUGAAACACUGUGUUUGCAAGUAAAAGCUCUGAAAAGUCUUGUGAGUUAAUUGACAGGUUUGUAAAGUACCGACUGGAAGUUGGACUACGUGAAGUGGUAAUGAAGAGCUGGCUGAGCUCUCAGAGGAGAUGGGAAUUAAACAGCUGGAUAAUUACUUUGAAGAAAGUCUUUCACUCUCAUCCCUUUCUGUCUGUCUUUUAUGCCUAAAUAAACAAUGAUGACUAAAAGAAAGUGUUAUCCAAAAAUGAACCAGAAAGUGAUAUCCAUACUCCUUUACCCUGUUGACCUGAUUUCACAAACACAUAUCAAAGUUGAAAUCUCAUUUAAUGCUCACUGGUGAGCUCACUCCAUUCAACAUCUCUUUACUUAAUUAUUAGACAUACUUGGAUCACCCUAACAACAACAGUGCUCAUGGUAAAUUGGAAUAUUUGCAUGAAUAGUUUGCAAUGUUACAGUUUUAUUUCGCAGACACUCUUUAGCCAAAUGCGACGUACAUGUGAGAGUGAAUACAACACAAGCAAAUAUUUAGACAGAAGAAAAACAAAAACUGAGUUGUUCAUCAAAAAGAGUCGAAAAUUUUCUCAGAAGCAGGACGAUGCAGAUCAAAUCUGGUUGGGUGACUCAUUCUUCCUCUGGGAACAGCAGAAGGGAGGAGCUGUGCUAAAGUGCAUGGGUGUUUCCAACCCAUCUCGCAUCUGUUAACAUGAGGGAGGCGGAGUUUAUGACCGAUACUGCUGCCACUCAGUGUGCGGGGAACCUUAAAUCUUUUGGUGACCAGUCUUACCAUUUAAUUUAACAAAGUCUUUGCUCUCACUAAACGGCCUGCUGGGAGUUGAGGAUGGCCUUUUAAACUUUGCCCACAAGAUUGCUUUGAUUGAUUUUAUUAUUGUGUCAUGCAUAUGCAAUAUGCCCAGCUCAAAUGGCUAACUAGACACCGUUAUUCACACACAAAGACCAAAGUAGACGUGUAAGUUACCAAAAAUUUCCUAUGGAAAUAAACUGUUCUGAUGUUUUAAAGCUUUGGAAACAAAAGAGGCCAACUGUCCAGUAUGUCAGGGAAUUAGCCAUUCCACCUUUUCAUCAUCAGUGCAUUUUAUUUUAUUAUUUUAUUAUUUUAUUAUUCAGGGGAGUUUUUAUCUCAUCAUGUAGAGGACAAUACAAAAGAAAAUGUGUUCCAAUCUGAUCUUCACCUAGUUAUUAGUUCACAGUUCACACUGUCCACGGCCCUUCUGGAUGUUUCCGAUCUGCCAACUUCACGAACAGACGUAGAAUUCCCGUCUUAACUAAGCAACCAAAGACCUCUGAUUUCUGGUCAAAUCUGUUGUAAGAUAACAUUUGUGUAAUGGCUUGAUAGAAGGUACCAUACAGCCCACAUGGAGUGUCGGGACACUCGUUCUUACCUGACCGAGACACCAAGUCUCUAAUACCGGGAGAGACUGAAAUCCUAUGAGACACAAGAUGCCUUUACAGCUAUGUAACACACAAUCAUGUUCGGGCCAUACCAUUAGACAAUUAUAACAUUCUCUGCAACCACAUACCUCUUUUGUUAGCCUUGACAGUGUGCGAGUUGAUGGUAUUCCAUAAAACUUGCGUUAUUUUUAGUUCUUAUCGAAACGGUUUGUGCAACCAACAGCACAAAAAGACAUGACCGCAGCUCCUGCUGCUCUCUUUCUGUUGCUCUGCAACUUUUCUGCUGCUCCCUGCUGCGACAUGCGCAGCAGAGUGGAUUGACAAUAGAAAUGAAUGAUUAGCAGCUCAGUCUCACUGAUAUAAAGGUGAAUCAAACAGUCAAUAAGGCAAACAAUAACAUUAAGCAUUAUGUUCUGAGCAGGGUCAUUUAAUUCACAAAGAGAUUCAGAGAAAAGAUUUCUCCACUGGCUGCCGCUGCAGUGGAUAUUAAUGCAAUGCGGCCACAUCUCCAGGGAUCUUCCCUAGAAAUCCAUCAACUCAUACAGUUUUAUUUUGAUCAACUGUACUCAUCCCAUUAUACCGCUGCUGUCUGUUCUCAGGACCGGAAAUUCUUAGAGGCCAUCUCUUUUCCCUCUACCUUCCAGGACAGCCUGAGGGGAGAUCUUGAUCAUACACAAUUGAUGAUUCUUGGAGUAACAAUGCUCAGAAUUUUCCAGCAUGGAUCUUUCAAAGGCUGAUCACUCCCUUUCAUCGAUGUUUCUUAACAUUAUUCAUGAGGAGAUUGUAUCCAAGGUAGCCGUUUGGAGGUCAGCUGUGGCACAAAGAAAACAAACAUUUCUUGUGGUCAAUAAUGGAAAACAAACUCAAUCAAUAAUGGAAACAAAGCUGUGUGUGAGACAAGCAGCAGCAGGGAGAGCUGAAGUCUUUAUUUUCGUGAACUCUGUUGUUUGUCAUACUGUUUCAGAGGGAGUUGUGUAAUUUAUUGAAUAAUAAAGAUUUGUUUUGCUUCCUGGUAAGUUCCCGGGCAGCCUAAUAAAUAGGACAAGCCUGAAUUGUGCAGACACCUGUCGUAAAUAAGUCAGUCUGCAUGCUGCAGUAUCAUGUUUCAUUCUUAUUCAAGGUGACUGAGGAUAAAGUGUUAGCAUUUUGCAAAAAGUUAGUACAUUACUGUAAAAAAUAGUAGCACAAAACAAGUUUAAAAACAUGGCUCAAGUUCAAAUAGGGUGUACUGUAAUUUGCCUCGGAUAAAGAGGUUUAAACUUUUUACCAAACAGACCUGAUUGAAUCCAGACUUCUUCAUAUAACCAAACUUUUGUAAGAUAUCAUCAAUAUUGUUGUGAAUUAUUGUCAAGGUUGUUUAGUAUUUGCCAAACGAUGGAAAUAGAAUAUCUAUGAUAUUCCAGUAUUGGAGGCCAACUUGGUCGUUUAUGGGUUUCCCUGAGAAAUGUAUUUCUGUAAAGUAAGUCUUAUCAAAACUGGCCCAGAUUAGAUAAAUGGUUGUGAUUGGUCUAGUCCUUUUGGGUUGUAUGGGAACCAGUCUAAAGAAUACAGACCCCUGAAUGUAUUUGAGUUCAUUGUAAAAGGAUAUGUUCUAAUACACAGCCCCAAUUAAAAAAAAACAAAACAGGAUAAUGCUUAAAUGUUGAAGACAGAAUCCAUGAAACCCAACAUGUAAUUGAAAAUACUGCACAGACAACGUAUCAGUCAUUUGGGGUCUCAUGAUCGGAUGUUUCAUUGGAUAAGUUGGUACUGCAGGCAGCCCCAGCUUCAGAGCCAUGCUGUUGUAACACAGGCAAAAUGUAGUUUGAUACCUGAAAAGACAUUGACUGAAUUGCACCAUAUUCUUUUCCAAAACCUGGAUAUACUGCUCAGCAUUAAUCUUCAUAGAUGGGUUAACUAGCCAUGUCAUGGGCAUGUAGAAUUAGCCUCUGGGGUGAAAGUGGGAUCAGGUUCUUGCAGGUUCUGUACUUGUAGGCUUUGUACAAGAGGAGCACACCCAGGUUGAACGAGGCGUCGACUCUGAUGCCACAGUAUCAUCAUCUGCUGCAUCUCUUUCUCUUGAACAUAAAAUCAAGUUUUCUCUGCACUUUGUUUUAUUUCUCCAUUAAGAUUGAAGCAGCUGUCUCUUUAAAAGUUCCCUCCUUCCGCAAAAGGCGGGGGGGUGGUCCCCAGCGCCAAGGCAACCAGCGUCCAAUCAAAAGUGCGCAAUGAGCGCUACGGAGUUUGUUCGUUUGUCUGCGAAAGCAAAUACGACUCACUCGCAAGCAGCAUGGCCCCAUUGGAUUACUACGGUUACAAUGCAGAGUUCAGACUGACGUGCGGCAACACGGUAAGCAAAUGUAGCCUACGUACAUUGCAGGGAUGAAAGUUUGCGUACCGCUGCGUACCGGCUGUAAACGGCUGUUUAUGUCUUCCCGGUCCGGAGCACCACUGCGUACUUUCAGCCCUGAUUAGCCGAAGUGUGAUUACAGUAGGAUGAUAUCCAACAAAGUAACUCUAAAAUCUUGAACUGUUUGUUUGCACAGUUCCUCACAAAAAAUUAGAACCUCUUUCCAUCUUUGUGAGAGACUCAGCCUCUCUGGAGUGUUCUUUUUAUUCACACUAAUGUCUCUAUCCUGUUGCAAAUUUAUCUCAUGAAUAGCAAGAUGUUUCUCAAGAUUUUAUUUAAAAUAAUUCAGAUUUUCCUGUGUUUUUGGUGUCCAUGUCACAACAUUUUUGAACCAUGCUGCUGGCACCAUAAAGUGAAUACAUUUUUCAUAAAACAAUACUUUUUUUUCCGCUUCACCAUCUGAUAAACUGUGUUUUGGUUUAAAGGACUUAAAAACCAUCAAAUUCUUUCUUAAUUAAUAAUUUAUUCAGGGUUCCAAUUAUUUUGGAAUUAUGGUGGGAAUUGUUUAUGUUUUAUGUAACAGUGUUCAAGACUUUUUUGUUUGUUUAUUGCGCUCCAAUGAUCAUCUGAUCAUUUUUUCUGUAUAGAAAAUUAUGAAUAAAUUCUCCCUGUUCCUCCCACAACCAGAUAACAGAGUGCCACUUUUAUAUUAGAGAACAGUGUUACAGCAAACAAUAGCACAGCAGGACUUAAUCUCAGUCAUGUUGACUCACUCUUUACAUAUUUUGCUCAAUUUAUUCCCAGUGACCUUCUUUUUGUUGUUGUUUUAAAAAGUAAAAUAAAUGGAGAUCAUCCCUCUUAAACUCAAAGAGUCUGUCCUGUUUUGCCCCACCAGUUCGCUGGCCAAAGCCAAAAUCCGUGCACAGCCUGUAGCAGGUGUUGUGAAUAUAAAGUAGAGUGGGAGUGCAUCAGUCAUUGGCUGGUCUCAUUUGGCAUGCAAAAUAAAAAUGAGUUCAAACAGGGCCUGGCAUGAGGCUGUGGAGGGGCUAAAAUACAGCUGCAGAGCAAAUUGACAAAGCAAAAAACACUGAUUUACCCUCAAAAAACAAUGUCAAAGUAAAGCCAGUUUGUCACCCUUUAAGGAAGCUAAAUGAGGUUGUCUCAAGUGUCAGCAAUCCUAAUUCAAAACCAACUCAAGAAAACCAAAGCAAGCUGUUUCUGUACAGUCCAGUUAAAUUUGACAUGCCAAACUUCUGAGAGAUUGUGCUCUCGACUUUAUGCUUUUAGGAGACUGACUCAGACUUCCAGCAAAGUCUUUUUGUGAUAUUGACAUACAUUUCAUACUGCACUUUGUCAAUUAAACCAAACUGGCUGGACACCAAUGCAACUGCUCAUUUGCUAUGUGACUGUCCUAACAAAUAGUGAUUAGAUUAGAUUAGAUUAGAUUAGAUUAGAUUAGAUACAACUUUAUUUAUCCUUUUGGGAAGGUUACCUCAAGUACAUUCAAAAGAAGAGGAAGAAAAGACACAUAAAACGAAGAAGAAAAGGACAAAUAAGAAGAUGGCUCAUCUUUUGGCCAGAACAGAAAAUGGAACACAAACAUUGACCCACAAUGCACUUCCAGGGUUGGGUUUUGAGCUGGUCUACUUUGCUUUUACUGCUCAAAUGAAGUACCAAAGAACCUGUUUUCAAGCUUAAAAGUGUAAUGCCACACCACCCCAAAACUACCAGCCUAUCCAUGGAGAUGGACCAGGGUUAGUUUCAAUUGGACCAAAAGGUGAUCUGGUGUUUAUGCGAACCAAGCCUUGUCAGUAUUGCUCCUCAUCUUACACACACCAGCCUGCCUAAUUCAAAUGCUGCCCGUCUCAGCACUCCUGAACAGCAUCUCAAACGUGUUGUAUAGUAAGUCAUCAUGUCAGAUAAAACAAGCACCGCUCUGUGAUCCAGGAAAAGUAAUACUAACUGUGAUCAAACUGAUAAAGACGGCAGACAGAUCUGCUUCUCAGUCAGACUGAGACAUUUGCACAGUGUUAUGUGUGAAAAGCCAAUUGAGACCGAGAAAUUACAUGUUGCACCUUCAUAUUGUGGAGUGGUUUUCAGAUGACUGUGGGAUUCGUACAUCUGAUAUGAUGAUUGUAUCAGAUGCACUUAAAAAAUAUUGGUCCUUUUUAUAGGAGACAUAGCAUCAGUUCUCAUGUCAUGUUUUGGUGUGUCAUCUCAAAGGUUGAAGGUGGUGCAAAAAGCUUUCAGAGUUUUUAACUUUGAAUAUUUAUUAUCUAUAAUGUCUUUGUCUUAAGUUGUAGAUUUAAAGGUACUGUAGGUGGUUUUAGUGGCAUUUUGGAGCAUAGACUUGGUACGCAAUAGAUUUUAAAGGGAUAUUCUGGUGUAAAAUUAAUUUAGGGUCAAAGAAAUGAUCCUCCUUGAGCUGUGUCCCCCCGCAGUAGUCCAUAAUGGACUGGCCUGAGGUCUCUGUACAAACAAGCGGCUACUGGAAGAGAGUAGGUGAGUUGUGUUUAGUCUCUUUGCGAAAGAAAUCAGGCAAAGUUAAAAAGAUGUUUGGUGGCUAGUGCUGUGGCUGGGACCCUUUAUGUACUGUUGAUGAAGUUAGGUGCUGUUCUGAGCAUUAUUUGUGGCUACAGAGUGGCGUUUUGGUUGAAGUUCGUGUGACCGCUGUGUAUUGCUAUCAUGCGGUCGUUACUAAAGAUGGUAUUUAAGCAAGCGGUCAGCGACAUUAAUCUCUCCAGGGGGUAUUGAACGAGGUGUUACGAUGCGUUUGACCCUAAAUUAAUUUUACGUGGGAAUAUCCCUUUAGUAUAUUCAAAUUACUGAAAUAUGAAAAUCCUUUAUUCGACUUACAUAGCAGUGGGCCCCUUUUCACAGAGGUAUCAUCUUCUCCUGUUUUGUUUUGACAGUAUAACAGAACAGACAAACUCGUGACUACGGCUUUUCGUAUUUAGUGAGUGGCUCUGCAAAAUAUUCCACUUGGUGGAUGAAGAAGAGUGUGGUUGUUGUUGUUGUGCACAAAAUAACUUGUGCUGAUUGAAGUUUUUGACUUUGGUAAAAGCUUAACAAAUGGAGGAUCGUACCUAUCAUACAUCGCAGAAGCUUCUUGUCCUCACAGGCCACCAUCACUCCACCAAUGUGAGGGGUGAGCAAGGGAGCGUCAUGAGAUCCAGUUUUCUCUAUUAGGACCGCUGAAUUUUAUUUGUUAAGAGAUUUCAAGCUAAAACUUUUACAUAGAAUGUUCUGUUGGCUCAUGGUUGAUCCUACUGGACACCGGUUUUGGCGUUUAAUCUGAGAACUUGCUUUACUUGGCAAACAUUUGGUCAUUAGUCAAUGCCUUUGAGGACAACAGAUCAAAGGUUUUCUGAUCUGACGUCUCUUUCAUCUGUUUCCCGUCUUUUCAACAAUUAAUGAACCUGGAGAGGUCUUUUUAGUUUGUUCCAGCACAUGAAACAACUUGGUUUGGUUAGGUACGCACACUUAAGCGAAGGUCACAUUGACUCUUAAAUACAGACAAGAGUUGAACCUCGUGUACCUGGGACAAGGUACUACCCCCUCCAGCUAACUAAACAUUAUUUGUUUGUUUUGUUUUCAAUUUGGACUCCACAUGCUGGGUGUCUUGACCACUUGCUCCAAGUAUCUAAUAACCCAGCAGGGGGCUCCAGAUUGGCUCACUGUUGUGUGGGUUACAUACAAAUUAUACUGGUUCAGUUUUUAUACGAAGUGUGAAUGAGAACAACAUUCAGCAACAACAUUUACUCAUAUCUUUGACAUGAGUAAAUAUCAUUUUAGUGAAGUUGUUGAAAUGUUGAAUUCCUGGUAGGAAAACCAUUGACAUCACUGGGUUUAGAGUACAUUCCUGCAUCACAGUAGCAAGAUAAAAUGUUAAAUUAUUGACUACCAGCAAAAACAAAGCGAAUGUAAGUACGAGAACCAGAACUUUUCAGUGGAAAUUAUUUAUGUCAAACUAGAAAAAAGAUAGUCAAAAGUACUCUGGAAAAAGGUUAUUUUGUUACUUUGAUUGAUGAGAAAUUUGAAAGACUUUUAUACUCAUCCUAACUUUAUUUUUAUGCAUAUCUACUGCCAUAGUCUAUUCUUUCAAUUUGGUAUGCUUUCUGUUCCUAUUAGAGUCAGUGUCACAAGUAUAUUUAGCUCUGUCUGUCAGAAGUUAACCCAGUUUUUGAUGAAAAUUAAAUUUCCAAUAGUCAUUUUAAUUUCAAUGAUAGGCUUUAAAUUGAUUUGCAGUGACUCAGAUCCCUUUUAGAACCACUGGACCUGAACUGCUGCAUUACAUGAAGACAAACAGACCGUGAGCCUGGAGCCUGAUGAGAUCUGAGAAAGCUCUUUCUCAAACAUUGUUGGAGCACCAUAGUCAGGGCUGCAGAGGGUUUUCUGCUGAGGAACUUUAGUACAACACAAGGUCUUCAGGUCCCUCAAUGACUUAAGUACCUUUAACUGGAGCUCUGACAACAGCGAACCCCCCCCCCCCCCCCCCUCUCUCUCUCCUCAUGUCUCUCUCUCUCUCUCUCUCCCCAUGCCUCUCUGCCUCCCUCUUUCCCUUCCCCUCACUCUGCAGAGUGCAGCUGAAAGAAACUAGCCUCCUGCCUCUGCCGUCAUCCCCGUGGAACCAGGCAAAUGUUGGAGAGCGCUGCGGACGCGCAAGUGCAAUAUUCAUCAGGGAGAGUGUGAGCGUGUGGAGGAAGAGGAGAGGAGAAGCACACCGUCACUAUCCUUCACUUAGCUGCUUUUCUGCGGCGUCCUUUCCAAUUCAUCAUGGAUCUCUGGAGUAAAAAAGUCAGGGGGAUUAUUACACAGGUCGCCCUGAUACUUUUCAGCUCAUUUGGGGCAACAUGGGAAGGUGAGUGAGGAGAUUUAUAUUUUGGGAUACUGUGGAGGACAGUUGUGAGGUUGUGGAUCUGCAGGUGGUCACUAAUUUGGCUCAGAUGUUUUGAAUACUUUGGGUGACACUUCUCUCGGAUGAAGUGCUUUUAACUUGUAUUUUGAAUCAGAAACUUUGCGUAGAAAGUCUUUUAGGAAGGCAUGCCAAAUCUUUAAAUAACAGAGAUUUCAUGCACAGAUGUCCAAACAAAAAACAUUACACUGGAGCAGUCUGGUCUGGUCUUUGUCUGUGAAGGAAGCAUGAAAAACUGUCCUUGAACUCCGGAUACUGAAAAGUUGUCCUUUUGCUCGGCACAAAAUCCAAACUUGCUCCAGCUGCACAAGCUGCUAAAAGCUGUGGUUUGCACUCCAAGUUUGAUUAUAGAGCAGCAAAUGAUGCUGUCUGUGCUGUUAGUUUGUCUGUCUGGACUGCAUUAAGAUUUCAUGUUCAGCUUUUACUCAGCUGUGUUUGGACCAGGGAAAACCUUUUUUUACAUUUUGAAUUAGAUGCAGUAUAGAAAAGCAAAUUAAAUCGUACCCAAAUGAAUGAAUAGUAACUUAACUUGCCACAGAACAUCCAAGGCACCUCAGAGAUUACUGCAGAAACAAAUGCAGCAGGAUCUGUGAUUGAUUUACAUGAUUUGCAUGCCCUGAAUGACUAGAGUCUUGGCCUUGGGAGAAGUCUGCAUUCUGCUUUCCUGAAUGGUCGAGAGUUUGUUUCCUCUCACAGAUUUUAAUGAUGAUGCUAAUUGGUCACCGAGAGCAAUAUUAAUAUACUGUAGUUCAUGUCGAGAACUAUCUCCUACAACACAACAGGUUACAUAGAUUGAGUCAUCAGUACAUUUCAGGCAGUGCUUUUUCUCAUUUUGUCUAAUAUUCUCCUCACUUCUCCUUUGGCGUUUCAUUAACUCCCUGUAACUUCAUUGCUUUUAUGCAAUUUGCAUUCAUGCAGGUUUUAAUAUGUAUUUUAUUUCUCAUUAAAAAGUUCUGUGCAUAUUUCAUUACUCGAUAUUAUGCACAGCAUGAGAUGCAAGGUGUAGUCUGAAAUCUAAAAUAGCAGCUCAUUAACGUGUGGUAAUCACAAAAAAAUCCUUAACCACAGAAGCCCAAAAUGUUAUUUAUUUCAUUUAAUUUAAAUUAAACUGUUACAGCUCCUGCUGACACACUCUCUUAAAAGGAUAAUGUUAAAAGUGAGCUCUUAGUCGAGCAAAACAGCUUCAAAUUAAUGAGGAAACCGGGAGAUGAAGUAAGUAUCUGAGGGCUGAUGUUUAUCAGAAAUGUAUCCUGAGUCAACAUGCCGGAACAAAUAAGAUUCAAUUAAUGUCUGACAUAAUUAAAUGCCACAAAGGACUCAGUGUAGGCAGAACCACGUCAGUCAGGGUUAUAUUUCUGUCAGAAAAUAGCUGCUGGAGAGAGAGCCACAGGCAUUAUGGACUUGAAGAGAGUAAAACAGAGGCGAUAAAGAGAUUUCUUUAUGUUGAAGAAAAGUCUUUGGACUCAGCUCAGUGCUUAUCAGAAACCUUAGCCCAAAGGAAAAAAAUGCAGCCAUCUCUUUCAAAUCAAUAUGUGCUGUAAAGCCUAUUUUGCCCUCCUGUAGAGAGCAAACAUACAGUACAUCACCCACUUAAUAACCCCUCCUUACUUUUAUUUGACUUUGUGUUCGUGUGUUAGUGCUGAACUGGAGCCACAGGCAAGGUCUGACUCCAGCUAUUUGUCAGAAUGAACAAAGGAGGUAAAACUGUCGUGUGCGGGCAGAUGUUGCGGACUCUGUGGCCGGUCACAGUGACCCUUCUCAUUGCUAAUACAGCGAGAGGCUUAUUUAGGCAUGGAAGUAACCAGAGGGACCAGGAUGUGACAAGAUGAUUGAGCUGUUUGAUGGCUGAAGGCUUGAUAUGAGCAGCUUUGUAUUUAUUUAGCAUGAAUCCUCAAGAUGAAAAGAGGCAGCAAAUGUCGAGUACAAACUCAUAUUUGAUUAUUGUUUUCAAUGUUAUACAGUGCCCAGUGUAAGUCAGUACACACCCUGUCAAAAAUAAUGUAUUACCUAAUAUCUAGAUGAGCAAAAGUACAAUUUAACAUAAUGUUUAACGUAACAUUUUCUUACCAUGAGAUGAAAAAAAGGGUGAUAUGGUAACUCAAAUUUAGCUUUGCUCCCAGAACUUUGAUUGGGGUGUACUCAUUUUUGAAUCCUGCUUUUAAAUUGAAAAAAAAAAAAAAUUGUAUGCAUCUUAAAAAAUCUUGUUUUCAAUCAGUGGCCUACAUUUUGGGGAGUAUUUUGUUGUAUAGUUUGACAUAGACAAUGUCGAUUUUGAAAGGAAACUAAAGGUUUCCUGACAACUCUGAAAGGGUGUUCUCAUUAAUGCUGAGCACUGUAUCCAGAGACACAGAGCUAAUUAGAGAGUCUGUAUAAUCUUCCAAAUGUACUGGUUUGGUACAAAGAGAAAUAUCAAAAAUUUAAUCAGACUAAACACAUCAAACAUUCUGGUUUGUGGACACCAUUACUGAAAUGUUCUAGAACUGGCCCUGCAGAAGUCUGAUUAUCACUGACUUGUCAUCUUAUUUAAUUAGCCAUCACAACUUGAAGUGCUUUUAACAUGGGUCCUCUCAGACCUCAUUGUUGGAAAAUCCACCAACAAGCAUACAGUGCCAAAGUUAGAGUCAGGUAUUUUAGAGAGAGUACGAGCUAUCGCUAGUCUGAAGCCACAAGCUUGGCAUUUUGCUCUUUUGGCAUGCAAGUUAUAAAAAUAAUACACUUAAGCAGCCUUUGCCCAUAGGCACAUGGAAAACUUAUUUAUACAGCACAGAUAGUAACAUCAGCAACCCUAAAGCACUAUUAAAAUAAAGUGCAGGUUGCAGAGCUCAUUUUAAGGCACAUGUUUUUAAGUUGAAUCUUAACAUGUUGAGUGAGUACAUCUCAGAUCUACAGGCAACUUCUUUCUAUUGGAGAAGGUGCCUGUAGAGAUGUUGGGGUCCAUGAUGAGGGAGGUGGAGUCCAGGGGGUCGACAGCAGGGAGUAGAUAGCCACCUCAGCAAUACCAUGGGACAGCACAGUUGUGGCAUCUAAGUGAGCAAUUGUGGUGGCAGGAGCAGAGUCAGUAAAUUCAACAUAGUGACUAAAUUUCUCAAGUGUCUCUUAUUUUUCGUAACUUUUCGUGACUAAGUAUGCAUAACUUAAAGCUCCUCUGAGGAACUAUCAUGUCCGUAUUGAUUCUGGACAAACCUUUGACUGUCACUGAUUGGGUCAUAUUCAUGUAAAAGUUGUGUUGAAUGACACACACAAAAAAGCUCUUUUGUCUUUUUGGUGUAAAAUUCUUCACUCCUGUUGAAUUAAAAAACAAUGCAGUUUCUUGAGCAUACCUACCCCUCACAGCACUUACAGGCGUUGAAAAUUUAAAUAUUGAAACUGUUAAUCUUGUUGUUGAUGGUCUCAUUUGCUUUUAUACAUCAGAGACACAUCAGCAUUUAUUUCAGUUGUUUCAUGGCUGAUCAAAAACUCUCUAGAGUAGCUUUAAGUCUCUGGGUCUUUUUUUCAACAUAAAACAUUUUUUUUUGUGGUGGAAAAAAGAACAGCAACUGAAACCAAACUCCUCUUUAUGGAAAAAAGAGGCUGAGGCUGUAUAAGCUGACAUUUAACAGAAACAUCUGUAUAGGAGACAGUAUAUCACAAAGCAAAGUUGUGUAACAUUAAUAAUGCAGCUGAGGGAAGGGCCGAGGACUGACAGCAUCAUGACAUUUCAAAAGGUGAUGAACUUGUGUCUCAAGACAGAAAUUUCAUCACUUUACAAAGCCAUCAUAAGCCAUCAAUGCUGACUGACAGCGAUUCAGUCCUCAGCGAAAGUUCAUGGACGGUUUCUGUAAAACAAACAGGCUUGGAGGGCAAAAGGGUCACAAAGCUCGGAGGCUAACAGAGUGUAAAUGGAAAUGUCUAAUCUUUAGCUGAAGGUAGAAACAAAAGUAGAAAAUGAAUCUCAGUAGAGAAAUGAACCCAUCUUAGUGAUCAGAGACAGUUUGACAUUGGUUUUAAUGCAGGUACAUUGCCACCUCCGCUGUUGUAUCUUAUUCCUUUAUUUAACUGUGCAUUAUUGUACAGACAUACAGUUUGCUUUAUUAUUACUGGCAGGUAGUUAUGCUAAACAUAACUGUUUUCUCUUUGUUGAUAUGCAUCUCUGUGGACAAAAAUAACCGCAUGAAAACACAAUUUCACACAAUAUGUGUUUGCAAUCUUUGUGGCUCCUCAUGCACCAAAGCAUCUGCUCUGCUCAGUCAACUGCCUGAAGGUGCAGUCUGUGAAUGUAGAAGUGUUUAGGUGAUGAGCUUUUGUAUGAGAUCAUCUAACUCUGGGAAAAAAAUAAUAUAAUUUGUAAAACUUCUCCUCAUAAAGGUUAUGACUGUGAGACGAGGUGGAGAGAGAGCUCAGCAGGACUGAUUAAAAAACCCUGUAGCAGAGCAGAUGGGGGAGAUGUUUGUUCAGGAGGCUAACGUCACACUACAGAACACUGUAGUAAACACACCCUUGUGCACAAUAGAAACAUCUUAUCAAACACGAUGUUGGUAACUAGUGAUGGUUGUGAGUAAUAUUUGUCAUUCUUAAUCUGCCUUUAAAACGUAACCCCAGUUUGAUUAACAUGUAGUCACUCAGCUAAAACUAUUAUGCAAAUCAACAUUUGAAAGAUUUUGUCAACAUUCACAAUUCUUAUAGUUUACAUUGGAUUAUUUUUGGUGGAAUGGGAUUAUGGAGUCCUCUGUUGUGUCCCAUUAAGCUUGGAACUUCUGUGAGCUGUUUUUAUUUUCAUAAUAUAAAAGCUGUUUACAUCUUUGUCUCGAUGAACCAAACUACAACCAUUUUAUGAAGCAUACUGUGCUCGGAAAGGCUCGAACAGAGAGUUGAUGACACAGAAGGCCUUGUCAUAGAUACUAAAAGUUUAAUUUGGCAUUUUAAUUUGGUACAUGACAGACGAGCAUGAAAAACCUUUGGUAUAACAGCCUGGUAUGAAAAUGUGAGUCCCAGGGAUAACAGAGGGUUGCUGGGUUGAAAAUAAGAGCUCAGUGGAGCUUUUGUUGCAGCAUUUGGUUUGAUACUCAUGAGGAAGUGUAUUUAGUGCACCACUAAUUAGUCUUAUUUUGUGUUUAAAAAAAAAAGAUGAGAAACAGUAUCGUCAACAUGUAUCAACAUUAAACUGUGACCUUUUCAUUCAUCCCAUUAGCUUCCCCAGGUUGUUUGCUGUAUUAGCAUAGCUAUCUAUUUUCAUUCAGUAUGUUUACUAGUUGGUUCAGUUUAUUACGUUAGUGGGACUGAAAACCCACUGAGCAUUUUUUGGUCUAAAAGAGGUCUAAUAGACGUCUGAAUGUAGCCUAGAUCAGUGGUUCUCCAGUCCAGUCCUCGAGGCCCACUGUCCUGCAUGUUUUGGAUGUUUCCCUGCUCUAACACACCUGAUUCAAAUGAUCAGCUCGUUAUUAAGCCAUUGCAGAGCUUGAUAACGAGCUGAUCAUUUGAAUCAGGUGUGUUGGAGCGGGGAAACAUACAAAACAUGCAGGACAAUGGGCCUCGAGGACUGGACUUGAGAACCACUGGCCUAGAUGACUGGUCUAACACCAGGCUUCCACAGGUCUAAAAAUGAAUGUUAUUUUUAGACGUUCUAAUUUAGACCAAGUUUAGACUAGCCAGCUAAUAGAGGUCUAACUGUAUAUUGCUCAAUGACUAUCAUAAUUAUUUUGGUUAAGUACUUGGAGAUCAGUUAUACAUUUUGCAGUUGCUUUUUGAAAUAAAUACUUAUCGAAUAAUGGGUUAAAGUGCAACGUCUAAAUUCUAGAUGUCUAGAUGGUUGAAAUUAGACCUAUAAAAGAACUAGACGUCUAACAGCCAUCUAUUGCUCAGUGGGAAGUCUGUUUAACUAAAGUUGUGUUCAAUUGAAUUUGUCAUAGCCUGAUUAAUAUACUUGAAUUAUACAAUUUACACUUUCAUGUUUACACCUAACUUGGAUUUAAACUAGCUUAUGCAUUUUGGGCUGUUUCUACAGUUUGCACUGGGAACUGAACAGCAUAGACACAUAGAAAAAAGUUGGGUGGUACAUAAUACCACAACAUAAGAGACCACCUUGCAUAGUGGGGUUAUAAUAAUAAUAAUAAUACAUUUUAUUUGUAAAGCGCUUUUCAUGAACUCAAAGACGCUGUACAUGACUAAAAGCAAGAGCAAUAAAACAUACAACAAUAUACAAUAAAAUAUACAUCAAUAUCAAACAAAAUCAAGUAAAAUCAGCUAAAUCCACAUCGACCAAGGUUGAUGUACUUUUGAUGAUAAAUUAAUCAGGCUAAAUCACCUUAUCAAACUAUAACCAUAGCGCUGCUUAAAAAAAUUAUGUGAUUUUGGUGAGACAUGCAAAUUUCUCCCUCCCAUCUUAAAUCCCCUCUUUUCAUAUCCAUGCUGUUCUCACCUGCUUUUUGAAGGCACUCCAUUUUCUUCACAAAUUUGGCAAUAACACGUUUUGAAAAUUUGGUAAGUACAGCUGUGAUUACACACCUCCUUUUAAUUAUCUGCACAAUGCUCCCUCAAAAGCACAUGAAGUCGGGAGAAACUCUCCUCGUUCCAAACAUUCAGAGAGUGUCUGAAGAGGAAAAGUGUACUUCGAAGUUGCUGUCAGGGAAAAUUCAUUUACAACUUUUGACACACAAAGGAGGCUCAAGAGGCUUUUCUUCUUCCCUCUCUCAGUGUGUCUCCUGCAAGGUUGCACAAGUCCUCCACAGGAUUGUUAUCUCUUCUCUGAGCUGAUUUGGAGUCAGAGUGUGUGCUCUAAUGACAGAUAAUUCUGCUGCUCUCUAAACUUGUGUGUCUGUGCACAUGUGUCUGUCUGUCUGUGUGUGAGUGUGCAUGCUGAGAUAGGAGCUGAAUAACUGCAAGUGAACAUUUUGUAAGGAGAGCAAAGGAAUACUCAGCAGCACUGUGGUUGUCUGUGUGUGUAUUUGUGUUUCGUAAAUGCCAACAAACGAAGAUAGUGUGUGUGCCUAGGUGUGUGUGUGUGCGUGGGUGUAUGUGUGUGUGCGCACAUGUUGUGCUCUGAUAACAAAUGACUCACCAUUCACAGUCACCGAUCUCAGAGGAGAGGAACUAAAGUUAAAGUUAAUAUGUCAGUGGUUGAUGUAUUCAAGAAGAGGAGACAGAGGAAGUGUUGUUGGUCUCCUCUUAGGUUAUAGUCAGCUGAGGGGCAGGCUGAUGAUGGGUGCAUAGCAGUGAUUUUAACAGUGUCAGCAGUUUCAUUGAUAACAGUCGAAACCUGAUUGAGCUGAGGUUGAAUACAUGCAGACAUGUCCAAACAUUUUGUACCGUUUCGCCACAGAUGCAGCUGGUUCCUCAGAUCGGACGUGAUCCUGUCAGAAUUCUGUGCAACAUUUGAACUACUGAUUCUGAGAACCAGCCAUGCAACAACCAGACAUUUUGAUAUUGGUAAAAUUUUUCAUCUGUGCUAAGUUUGAUGGAUGGGUCAGACAAAAAAACAGAGAAAGUUGUCGGUGUCCUGUGUCAAAUCAAUUUCACAGACAUGCUCAUUCUACAGCAUGAGAUCACAGCUGGAUCAAUAUUGAUUGCAGGAGUUAAACUUCUGUAAGACCGUCAUAAUCGGGGAAUAUGUUACACAUGCUUUUCACUGAGCAAAAAGUGUUUCAAGACCUCAUACUCACAUUUCAUAUCAUUUCAUCAACAUGAGUUAGAGGUCGGAUCAAGACCACCUUGACAGAAACCCUGCAGAUCUCUUAUGUAUGAGUGGUAGGAUUGAGAGUUAUGGCUUGUGUGAGCAUACCUUUGAAUCCCCUUCAGCUCCAGCAGAGCUGUCCUCCAGCUGUGUGGUCUGCCCGCGGUGAAAGAGAGGGUGAAUUAAUUAUUAUAGCAUCAUCAUCACCAUUUUAUUUUUAUUAACUAGAGCAUGCAGUCUUGUAGGAGUUAGCUUGCAUAAGAUGUCGAGGCUCAGGGGGAAGUUUGUGAGUAUGCGAUAAUUAAAGGAUAAUGAGAUAGCUCCUGACUUUGUUCAAUUCAUCUACAAUUUAUUUGCUCAUGGAGAGUAGUUCUCCAAAUAUGAGGGCCAGUUUUACUCCAUGCAGAACAUCAUCUUGCUCUCAAUGGUCUUAAUUCUGUUUUCUUCUCUCAACACUGUCUCUAUAUCUUGUUGAAAUUUGUUUGAUAUUUGAGACUUGCCUUCUCUGAUAGAUCAAAUGGCAACAUCCAAUGUCAGACAAUAGUCAUGUUUACAUGUGCAAAAUUUCUUGAUCUGAUUAAAAAUUUGAGGGAUCUGAUUAUCUGAAUCCACUGUUCAUAUGAGUGCAGAAUCAAAUAAUCCGAUCAUGACGUGUGUAGACAUGCACCAAGCUUUAUUCAGAUUAGAAGUAUUUGGACAUGUGCAAAGUUGUCUGAUUUCGCUAAAACAACUGCAGAAGAAGAGUAGUAUUUACGACUGUGCUGUCAACAAACCAACAAACACAGUCGUGACUCACUCCAUCCAGUACAGGAGUUUUCCCCCUGUUAAAUGUUGUCACUAGAUGGCGCCCUUGCCUACUUAUUUUACUGUUCUGUUAAAGGUUGAACUGUGCGUGCAGAUGUGACAUCAUUACACUGUUUGUACGUCUUGUUAUGUUACCGGUGGAGCAGACACAGCACCUGGGGUUGUGUUUUAUGCAAGUUUUAAUAAUGAAACUUCCUGUACUGGCCUCAGGAAAUAAGCCAAAGGCUAAAGAGUGAAGACUGAGUCAGGUAAGAGUCACAAUUGGAAUAAGUGUUUACAUGGAUGCGUUUCUGAAUAACGAUCGGCAAAAACCACCUUGCUUGAUCUGAAUACAAUUUCUUUCCGAUUGUGUAGAAUUGGAUCAUAAUCUUCCGAUCGUUACGUUUACAUGACACAUUUUUAUUCCGAUCGGGCUUUUAUUCCGAGUAGUUGUGCCCAUGUAAACGCAGCUAUUGAAACCAAUGCAUAAGUCUAAAAACUGCCCUUCCUUGUAGCCUUGUCCUCUUGAGGCUGGCUUUUUAGAGCCACAUUAAAACAUUGUAUGUGGCUUACAGGGUUUUUAAGCCUUUCAUAUACACACCCAAUUCAAAAAGACAAUCUUAACAGCAAAAGUAAACUUAUCGGGAGCCAAAAUGUUCUUUGUCAAAAUAGUUUCAAAAGAUAUCAAUGUUUUGGGUUGUGCACAAGGAAGAGCAUGGAUGACCACUCACAGGCAGGCACUCUGCAGCUAUUGAUCCACCUAAAAUUCACCUUUUUGCCUCUAGGUUGACUAAAAGUUAGGUAGAGUUGGCAUUUCUAACAUGUCAACCAUCAUCAAGCUUUAAAACUGCACUUUAGAAAAUCAGCCUCUGACAUCACUGAGACUACAUCCAUGUUUUUGUAGAGUCUACUCCUCAGGUUGUAAAGUAAGUUUGGCCUGGGGAGUAUUUUUUAAGCCACUAGAGGGUAGGCCUGGACAAAAUCAAAUGUUCCUUUCCAACUAGAGAGAGACGCAAAAAGUCUCGCUGUUCAGUGUCUGCAGUGCAUCUCGUGCUCUUUUCUUUGACCUGAAUAUUUGUGUCAGUCUGUCAUCUUCUGAGGGAACUGUCAAAUGGUCUUGCAGGCCUGAGAUAACUGCUGGUGGGCCAGCUUCAGCUUGUAGCCUCCUAGUUGCUGACCCCUGGUCUAUGCUAGGAACAAGAGUACUGAUAGCUUUUGGGAGUCCCAUUUGGUUAAAACACCUGGCAGAUGGCUGUGUAUUAAAUUAAGAAUUUAUGGAGAGGAGGAGAACAGGAGCUUUUACUGUUAUUGUUACCACCGUGAUGAAAAUGUCUACUUAGUUUAGAUACUGUGAGAUUUUCUGUCUCUGUCUUGCAGGCAGAUGGUUGUUAAUUUAUAAGUCUGGCUUUACUCAGAGUUUUUGCCCAGAAAGUUUCUCCCUGCCAUUCUCUACCCUCAGACUUUUGCUGUGAUUUUACACCCGGAAAAAUAUAAGAAGGUGGAUUGGUUUCAAAUAGGUUAUAACAAAGUCAUGUUUUCAAUGAACAGUAUGAUUGUGGUGUACUUCUCACAAGCCUUCACUGUCCUUUCUGAUUAAUGAGACAUUGGACUUUGUGACAGCAGAGAUGUAAGAAGUGAUAGGAAGCUCGACUCAUAUUUCUUCCUUAGUGUCAUUUAUGAAAAUGUGUGUUCAGAAAAGGGAGCCAUGAAUGUGAGCUGAUGAAUUCAAGGCUCUAUUACGGCACCGACGGCCAUCGGGGUAAACUUGUGUCUGUCAAUCCAGAAUCUAGAUUUAUUAACCGUACGACAAGUGGUUAAGUGAUAAAACUGAGGCCGGCAGUCCAUCCAUCUAAGUUUGUGAUGCAUUGAUAUUUGCCGAAGGCCAAUCCCACUGGAGCUCCCACUCUUUAAACACACUCUCAUUCAUCACAUGGGCCUGUCAUCACCUCAGAAGACUUGUAUUGGUGCUGGACUCUGUCAAACUGGCUGCAAGUGAAGUAAUAAACUGAGUAUCUACAAUCUGGUAUCACAGGAUUUAAAUGAAAAGUGAAUUUAAAUCUAGAUUUAUUACUAAGCUCAAGAAGAGAUUUUAUCUGAAACCAGACUGGACCUGUGGUUAAGAACUGUACAUCACUUAAGCUGACUUGAAUUAUCCAGAUUUUUGUUCUUUUUUUCAUGUCUUGAAGGACUUUGGACUCCCGAUGUUACCUGAAGGUGCCAGGGGACAUUUUAGGAGCCUGCCUCCCAAGCCCUGUUUAGACAUACCUGUUUAAUUUUUAAAAACGGAGACAUUAACCAUUGUUUGCACCCUUUGUUCAGACGCAAACGGAGAAUUCACCCCUGAAACGAUACUUUUUAAAACUCUGGCUAGAGUGGAGAUUUUGGAAAUCUCCAUUUGCAUGUUUGCAUAAAAACGGAGAAAAACAGACAUUUAAGUAGCCGACGUCAGAUUGUGGACAGGAUUGUGUUGCUGCUAUGUGGGAUUCUGAUUGGCUAUUGUGGGCUUGAGCUUCUUCUCUUGAUGACAUAUAUACACGAGUUAGUGUAAAGGAAAACUUUUCUGAAAAUGUAGUGAUGUGCACACAGUUUUUUUUUUUUUCUUUUGUCAACAGAGGGUUAAAUGUUGGUUUAUGAAAAUAGCCGUGCACGUGUAAACGUAGUCUCAAACAGAAAGUCUGGGUUAGUCCUUUGUGUAAGAAGACCUCCUUAUAAAAUCUGCUUGUGUGACACUGAACGCUGCCAACCCCAGAAAUGCUGAUCAGCUCAGUCUGGGCCCUGAUCUAUACCUGCGUAAUAUACAGCCUCAGAAAUCGAUCGAGUAAGACAGAGAAAGGAGAUGUGGAUUAUCAGAGCAGAACUUUUCAACAGGUGAUUAUGUCUUCCUCUGGGCACAGUCAGAAACAUGGAGACGCAGAUAAUUAUACCGGCAGCAACAGUGUUGUUAGUAAAAUAUGACCACCGCAUUCUCAGACAUACAUGCACACACUAACGCUUUCUAUCUCAUGUUUAAUUUAGAUCAUUGCGGUGAAGGCUAAGUGGGAGCACAUGAUGUGCACUGCACAAAACCUGUAUGGUACAGAGAGCAGCUGGCCUUCACAACAUGGAUGAAGAAGAGCAGCCCUAUCUGUGCUGCCGUUGAGUUUUCUCUUCAAAAACAUGUUUCUUUUUUUUCUUUCAGUACAAUACAGAAUUGCUAUCUAUGUAAGAGUUGACCUACCAUUUAACGCUGCUAUGUUGGUUCCUUUUCAAUGCGUUUGCCAAGAGAGAAGUAAAUGAGAUAAAUGGCUUUGUAAUGGACUGUCAAACACAUGUGCAUUCAUUCAUUCUUACUAGUGGUGUUUUUUUUUUCUGCUUGGGAUUCUAUAGCAAAAUCCCAAAUAAAUAUAUAAUGUACAAUAUAUAAGAAGCAGAACAUGUAUUUUACUUAACAUAAAACUGACUAUGCUCUUUUAAAACUGACAAAACUGACAUGAAACGUUGCACAGAAUAACAUGUUGAACUCAACAUUCAGUUGUCUGUGUCGUCCCGUUAUUUCGCGUUCCCUCCUUUUAAAACAAUAUUACAGCAUGUGCACAAUAAGAGUGUCAGAUUUUGUAUCUUUCCUAAACCUGGAGUUGCCUUGGUCUUAGUUUUUACCUGUUUUUAUGUGAUUAAAGUGAAACCUUACACACUGGGAGUAGAAUAAUUUGCAGCAGAGUACGGCUCAUUUAGAGAUCAAAAGACUUGAAUAACCUGUGAAGUGCUGAUUUCAGAGAAUAGCAGGUUUCGAGUAUGACAGCAGGAAUUAGAGGUUAUGUUUUGAAGCUUUGUGUUCGCAAAAACUUUUUUUGCUACGACAGAAAAGCAGAGAGAGUGAGGUUGUCGUAACAAAACUCUUGACAUGCCGUCGCAAACUUUCUGACUUUAUAAUCAGGGGUUUGAAGAGAAAUCCCUCACGCCCCCCCGCAGUGUUUCAUACUGUAAGUUUUUCAGUGCCCUUGUCCCAAAUUAUAGGGGGGUGAAGCAGUGGGUACACUUAAGACAUGCACCAGUGAACACAAAAACAGCCCCUGAAGGAAAAACGUCUUACUCUGCUGUCGCCGGCAUCCUGCAUGAAGAACAGACAUUUUUACAACUUAAGAUUCUCCACCACACGUCGGGUCAGGCCCUCCCUCCAGGAGAGCAGACUACAAACAGAUUCUGCUCAAAAGCUGAAGGCCAGGGGAUCAUUAAUCUGUGAUGAGGAGCUUGUAUUUUUUUUUAACUCCUGCUCUUUGGUUUCUCUGUGUGGUCUCUGAUUACCGUGGUUUUUGCAGUGUAUUGUUGCUUCGUGGAAAGAGAGCAAAUCCUCAUGGGACUUACAUGAAUAAAUACAUACUGAUACUGAAAAGUGUGUUUAUCGACAUACUUGUUUUACAUGUGUUAAGACAUAGGCAUUAUCGACAGAAUACAUAUGAUCUAAGUUGUGCACAUUUAUGGCAAAUUCAGCGUGUUAUAGGAUGUGAAUUGAAUUGACUAAGUUGACAUUGUAAGCAUAGAUGCUGUUGUAGAUAGUGACCAGUCUUUCUACUGUGGUUGUCAACAAUGUUGUGCUGCACAAAAGCUGCUCAUGAAUCAAAGAUCUGAGACUGCAAGCAUUAUUUUACUUACCAGCUCACCACAGAAAGUCUGUGUUUGCAUUUCUACGUUGGAUUAAGAUCAUAUCUCAAAGUCCGCUGUAAAUACCUUUGACUGUAAGUACUUCUUUUUUGGCAGUAUGUUACACAACAAGACAAGCAAGAUAACUAGCUGUGUCAUUGUUCCCAAAUCCACUUCAAGAAUAUCAAAAAAAAAAAAUCAAUAUAUGUAUGGUUUUGUUGGCUUUUAUUGGCUUGUAUUUCCGCAUUCAAACCUUGUGGUGUUGAAACUAUGAAGCACAUAAUGACAGAAAUAAAUGUUGCAUACAAAAGUUUUCUUCUUCAUCUCCUAGUUUUCAAUCAUUGGCAGCAUCCCAGUCACAACAAUUAUCAUAUUUCCAAACAGGUUAGAAUAAAUGUUUAAGAUUAUACUUGUAUAUUUGUAUUUAAUCAGUAAAAUUGUAACGUGGGGUUCUGACGAAGGAUUUGUUAGUGUUGUUAGUUAUUCAGGAGUUCACGGGAUGAUCAGCCUAUUAGAAAUGAAUGUUUACCCAGGCCCCUUUACCCAGGUUCAUUUUAAUGCCACAGCAAAUAGUACAGGUAUUGUGUGAUCCCUUUGACAUUCAGCAUAAAAAGUAAAAAGGAACCCAAUUCAAUGAACAGAAGAAAAAAAAUGGCAAUAAUAAGUCAGUUAUGAGCGUACAAAAUGGCUCUUUUUCUUUGCGCCGUACAAUAUCCUGAAUUAUAUACCUGACCUUGCCAAUUGUUCUGCAUCUUUUCUAUGGCACACGUGGCUAUGGUUACACAUUUAUAAGAUUCAGAAAUAUAAAGCUUAGGGAACACCUUGUGCAGGCAGGUAGUUUUGUACAGAUUGUAGAUUGAGCAACUGAAUGACAUUUUCUGACUGAAUAGGCUGAAGCACAUUGAGGUCAGAAAAAACUCUUAAGACUUUUAACUGCCAUAGCUAAAUAUAUAUCUUAGGGAACAGUAGCUGCACACAGAGUAUUUUACACAAACGGUAUAUAUUCUAUUGAUUAAAUGACAUUUUCAUGCUAGAUAAGCCAUAAAGUCACAACAGGGGCCAGGCUGUUUGCGGUGUUUACGACUGGCAGAUGAAGGUUUAGAAAUGUUGUUUUUCAGCAUCCAGCGCAGACGGUGUUCUGAUCCUCACAGCUCUGUUGCUGUUUGACAGACAGUCUCCUUUCUCCAGGCAGAAAUGCGUGCUGGGAGUGGGGCAGACAGGUGACACCAGAGAACAAGGCCCGUAAGAUGCAACAGCUCCACAUAUCAAAUAAGCGCCUCGUGCUUGUCAGUCCUCUGAAAUCUCAAAAAUCUCCACUCAAAGUGGUGCAGGAAAGUUUUCUGUACUUUGUUUUGAGUGUUCUCUCUUCAUCAACCCUAAAUUAAAUGAUUACUUCUCCCAAUUUAGGCUGAUAACAUCUCUCUGCUUUGUUAACCCUCUAUCUAAAAAAAAAACCCUGAGGCAAUAAAGUUUUGCUGAAAAUCAAACAUCACAUCGCAAUAAGUAAGCAUUAUCCUGGGAUUACAAAGAGUCUUGAGGAGUGGGAGGAAAUGUUCACUGCUUAAUUAUAUCAGGUAUUGUUUUUCCAUCCUCGAAGCACCCACGCAGCUUUCAUUAUCUUAAUUAAACUUCCUUGUAUUAUUGUUAUUACAGUUACUCUUUCAAUAGUUGACUGAAGUAUUCCCCAGCACUCUCUGCAUAUAGAGGAGGAGAAGCUCGGAGCGCUCGCAGGCGCCCUGAGUGUCACUCCGGAUAAAAGUUACAGUAAAGAACCAAAAAUGUAAUAUGUCAUGUAAAUGUACAUUGCAUGCAGUAUUCAUGCUGCUCUCUUUCUCUCUUGACUGUUUAAACUUUAAUGGCUGCAUAUGGCUGAGGAAGUGCAUGUGCUUGUUAAAUAUAUAUGUCCCAGGUUUAAAAGUAGAAAAUGUAUACGUUUGUGGAAGACAAAAAAAGGAUGUUUAAUUGGAAGGAAGAGCGUGCAACCGAUUCAAACCGGGGAUUGAGAAUGUGCAGGAUUUCUCCAAGAUGAAUUGGAGACGAUUUGAGAGGACAUGUAUGCUUUGUAUUCUCACUGUGCUCGGAGAUGCGUGGCUGAAUGGUAACAUCUCUCUAACAGAUGCACAUCGAACAGCAGUGAACCGUAAGUGCUCGAGGCCCCCCGAAAUUUUUGAACCUGAAAAUUCUUCAAAGUCCAAAUUCAUAUUAGCUUAAUUUAAUCACAAAUAUUGUCGCUAUUUCAACAACAAUAUAAGGUGAUGCCAUUUAGAUGAAGAGAUACAUGGGUUAUAGCACAAUGUACUGUUCAAGCUCACUGGGCCGGAUAAAUAAUGAUUGCACACAUGUCAUGGACGUGUAGUGCAUCAAGAGUCUUGAGAGGUUUUCAAAUAAUAGUGCUCUAAAACUCAAAGAGCUUUGAAUGUGAGCACUGACAAAGAGGAGAGACUAAUAAUUCACAGGAUCUCUGUUUGGGCUGAGGGCUAUCCAGCUCCUUUUGCUUUAACACUCAGUCCUGUGUUUCGCUGAAAAGUCUCUAUACUUUGAAAAAGUGGGCUUAAACUGGACGACUGUGAGGAUUCACUAUGUUGAGCAAGAUCAAAAGUACUUUAAUAGGUAGAAAAAUGUUAAAUGGAGCAAACAUUACAAGUCUUAUAGCAGACCUCGGUUCUAUGUUGGUCAAUGCAGAAGUUAUGAGGGCUGUUUGCCUGGUUGCAGCUGUUAUAGUCAGUGACAUUUAAGCUUUGGGGGAUGCAAAUCUUAUGCUAAAGCUUUGGAAAAAUGCAGCUUAUUUUGCAAUCAUUAACAACAGAGUUUUUCAAAGGGGUAGAAAGCACAGUAGAGCAAACUGACUCGAAACUUAUAUGAAGGUGAAUGUGGGUACCAGUUUUGUGCUGAGGCUACAUAUAUCUGAGAUGAUUUUAUCUUAGAUUUAUAGAAGUUUAUUCAUAAGCCUCACUGAUCUAUUAAGACCCCUUUAUGUUUUUUUUUUUCAGAACUCCCACACUUGACUUAUAAUUUGUUAAUUUUAGCAACACUUGAGACACAUGAAGAGCUUGUGAUUAACAUUGUGGUUUGGUUAAAACCUUGGCAAUACAUAUAUCGCAACAAGUCGCAUAUCCAGGAUGACCGGGCUUCAAAUAGGAGUGUGUUUCUCCUAAUGGACAUUGUUACUUGUGUCAUUUGCUGUUUCUCUUAAAUUACUGUUGUAACUCUCAUUUUUAAGACUGACUUGAGUCUGACCAUUUGGACUUGAACUCUGACUAUUAGGGGGUCAAGCACUGACAGUAUUUUUUGUGUAAGACCCUACAAUUUAUCAAGUUUCAAUAAUGGCUGACACGUGUGUUCACAUACAUGCAGGUCCAAAUGCUAUCUUGUUUAGAAACAGUUUCUGCCAGGAUGCCUAAACUCAGAUUUAGGAGAGACUCCAAAAUUAACUUGGACUCAGGGUUUGGUGACCUGACUACAGUACUGCCACUGGCUAUAAACACAAAACAUAUUUAUUAUAAAAGGGUUUCACAAAUAGUGUAUGUGGUAAACUUCACACAGGUCUCUUCAUAUCAUUAAGACGAUGCUGACAGACAUCCUCUAAAAAGUGUCAUACAAAUACUGAAAGUCCUCAUACUGACCAGGACACAAAGUAAAAGUCCUUAUAGAGUCUGAACAUAUAUCAGCUGGUGAACUUAUUUUGGAUUGUGAACCUUCAGCUCUAAACAUCAAUUGUUGCUGUGACCCUUAAAUUAUCCUAGUUGUACAGAGCCAGCUGUCUUUUAUUUCGUAAAACUACCUCUUGUGUUUUAUCUCAUAACACUUUUUUUCUCUUUAAACAGGAUAAAAACAUCCAUUAUAUUAAAUUUUCAGAGGAGCGUUGUUUUUUCAAAUUUUCAGGGUCAGUGUUUUGCUCUUUUAUUUGGUACCUUACAUUUAUCACCCUCUCUUGCUGAUAUUUCUGAAGUUUUUUGUGCUCUGCUGAUUCCAGCCAGUGAUCCAAACAUGAGCAAAGAAAAUUAUUUGGUGUUUUUGUGAACUGCCACUAUCUCUUUUUUGCCUGAAUAACAAAUGUGUCUGAAUCCAGUAGGCCAGAAGAAGGUCAAAUUAUUUCUGGGUCAGAAUAUAAUUUAUGGUUUAUGCGAUGAUAGUGAUCUUCUGUUCUUGUGAGAUAAUUGUUUGCCGCUCCCUUAUUUUUUUUCCCCCUGUUUUUUCCUCUUAGUCAUAUCGUCUUUGCUGCAGUGGCCAUGGUUUGUAGGGUCACAGCUUUAAGUCAGUGUUGUUGAUAAAGCUGUACCAUUUGCAUGCACAGAAAAUAACUGUUCUGAGUUCAAAAUACACAGUGAAGUGAUACCUGAUGCAUGAAAUGUUUUCACUCAAUAUUCAUUGCACUUAAGUUCCUGUAUAAUUACACCAGCCAAUCUGUGUAUGAUGGAGGCUUGUUAAUCACUGCAGUAACAGAAUGUAUAUACCUAAGAACCAGAUUUCUCUCUCUCUCUGGUCACUUACAGAGUAUGUGUCAGGUUAUCAGAUGCAAUAGAGGGAUAAGGAAACCUUUAUAAGAAUCAAAGUUUCAUCAUAAAAUAUUCGCACAACUAUCAACUGUUCUGCCAUUGGGACAUAAAGUGCACAGAUGUUGAUUUUGCUCUAAAUUUGAGAAGAGUGUACAAACAUAAAUUAUGACACCAUUACUUGAGUCUCUGAACCGCAUCUCUCCACUCAAACUAACAUUCAAUGAUUCAGUUUUAUAAGCUUUGUAGCGUUAAGAGUAAAAUGUUAAAAAAAAAAAAAAACACCAAAGCUGUGGUCAUAAGUCAUUCAAGACAGAUUCAGGGUUUUCAUCCAAUCAGAAUAAGCUAAGUUCUGUUUGGCUGCAAACUAAUCAGAGAAUUGUCAUUUUUUAAUUUAUCUGUUAGAGGGCUUUUUGUUUCAUAGCUUUGUUUUAACUUAUUUUAGUAUGAUUAUGUUUUCUAUUUUAAGUGUCGUUUCCUGUGUAUUUUACCAUUAUGUCCCUGUUCUCCUCGUAUAUGUAUAUUUUUCAUCAUUCUUUCUUUAUGUUCCCUAAUUACUGUCAUUAGUUUUACUUGUCUUGUGUCCCACCUGUUGCUCAUUUUCAAGAGUGUAUAUAGUCUUUAUGUUCUAUCUCUGUGGUUUUUCUGAUGGAUUUUUGGACUUUGUUCAUGUAAGUUUUGUUUGUUUUUUGUUGCCUUUUGCUCAGUAACUUUCUUUUAGUUUUGUCUGCAUUUUUGGGUCUUCAUCUUUAUGUAUUUUUCAUGACACAGACAGUACCAAAAUAAGUAAAUCGGCUUCACUUCAGGGUGACGAUACGUCCUUUUGAACCUGAACAUGUCCCCUUUUGGGGGGCUGUCUGGGCUUGUCUGGGGAAGUUUAUGAAAUCCUUCAAAUGUCCAGGGUUUUGGAUGGAAGUUUCAAGUUUGUGUCACGUGAACUUACUGAGUCAGAAGCGGGUAAAAGACACUCGAGCCAACUCGAAAAACUCUCAACAUUAACUUUGUGCGACUCCAUGAAUAGGCCCCUGCGUAGUCGUGUCCUCUUUUUGAUGACUCAUAAUAUGGUCAACCUACUAUACUGUCUUCUUAUUUAUAGUCUAGGUUUUUUACUCAUUAGCGACUUCAUUUAAGCAUUUUUGGCUGAGUUACUUUGCCGCUAACUAAUGUCUAUAGAGAUAUGCACACCACACACACCAAUGGACAGAAGCCAGAUAAAACCAAAGUCCCAUGAAAGAGAGACCAAAGUCAAACUCUCAGAGUAGGUUUCUUUAACAGGCAGAAAUCCAAUAACAAAGUAUCAAGGCCAAGUCUGAUUAAAUCUCAGCCAAAGAAAGUAAAGACAGCUUAAGAUCCUUAAUUAAUAUAAUCUCACUACGAGAUGAAUCAGCUCUCCGAGACAUAUGGCCUUCAUAGUGCUCCUUAUAACUUUAAAUCAAACUCUAACUUUCUUAAUAAGAUGAGGCUUGAAUGAAUACUCGUAGCCUAUAAGUAUGACUUGACCAUGAAAGUUUGCUUCAGCAUGUUCCUGUAUUGUUCAUCAGAGGAUGAAGUUUUCCCUAUCCUCCAGCUCAAGCUGUUCUGUGUUUUAUUCAAGAGGAAAUCUGUUUGCUCAAAGAGCUAUAUCAAACAACACUAAUGAAAGAUGAUGUUCGUCAAUAAUUAAAAAAAAAAGCCUGUAAUGAAAAGAGGAUUAUCUACAGUUUUCACAUUUUCCCUGGUAUAAGAGACGGUAUGGAAGACUUGAUUAAAGUGAGCGUGGUUGUUGUAAACAUACAGAGGGCCCACAGCUCCACCUUGUUUCAUCUGUUAUAUUAUGUCUUCAUUUCUCUAUUUUCGUCUUUUUUUUACAGAGGUAUGUCACAAUCCGCUGGUACACGGUCUACUGCCGUCCUCCUUCAGAAGCUCUUCACAGCUGUCUGGCAGUCAUGGCCCGGGCUUCGCUAAGCUGAACCGGAGAGAUGGUGAGAAACAAGAACGACUGCAAACGAUAUGCAUGACCAAUACUGAUUUAUUCAGAUUUAUUGUGGUUAGUUCAUAUGAGUAAAGUGGGGUUGUAAACAAAGACUUUUUACAUUGAGAUUCCAUCUCAUUGUGUUGCUUCACUCUAGAACACUAUCACUAAAAUUAGUAACACCAUCACUAUUGCCGGGUGAUUCUUACCUGAAAUAAUAUACCCAAGAAAAAGUACUUGCCAUCAAAAUACUGUAUAUCAAAAUAGGACAACAAAUGACAAACUAAAGUAAUUUUCUUCAAUUUUUAACUGUGCAAUGUCUGUAAAAAUGCAACAAAAUAACUGAAAUUAGGCAUUCAUCAACAAAAAAUUCCUUAAAAAAAAUUAUAUAGGAACUGUAAACUUUGUUUCUUCGCCACCCAUUCCUGGGCAUCUGAGUCUUCCCUGGUGAAGACUCAGGGUCCUUGGCACAAUAACAUCUGCAGGAGAGAGAACCAAAAUAUGUCCUAUUUUGAGUGAGUAAAAAUGAUCAGCUGACUAAAAUAUUUCUUAUCACCGUAUGAAUUUCCUUGAAAAUCACUUCUUUGUGAUAGUUAUUCAUAACCACUGCGCUAAAUAAAGAGCACGCAAAUUCCAGGCCCACUUUUGACUGACCUUAUUCCCUACAUGCAGCUGUCAAAUCCACCUAAACCUACUUCACUGUGAAAAUAACCCAAAACACUUGCCUGUAAGAAAAAGCAGGUUUUGGAUCCGGGAAACAAAUAUACCCUCAAAGAUGUCAAAGGCAACGCUGAAGCUACCGAGGGACCCAUGAUACUCAGACAAACACAACAUAAUGAAAAUCACGUAAACAUGUUUGGUUGGGUGAAAAUCACCCGCGAGAGUGUUCUAGGGUUAAACAGAGCUCUGGCACCACCAUGUCUUUUUAUACAUUAGUAACUUGACAUUCACAGGGAGGAGCAAUGGUCUGAAGGGUUUUUUUUUGUAACUACAAUACUUCCAGAACCAGGAGGACAUUAAGUUUUGUCCCUGCAGGUGUCAAGUGUCCAAAAUGACUCAGCUCUUUUUACUCUAUAAUUCCACCACUCAGGUAAAAAAAAAAAAAAGAAUGUUAAUACACAAUAUUUUGUCAAGCUGGCCGAACUUUCAAAAAUUAAUGCAAGUUUAAUCAUAUUGUUGUGUAGCCCACACACUACCUGCUGAUAUCCAAGCAGAGGAGGAAGAAUUGAAACAUAACAACUGAAGCAAACUUCUAUGAAGGAUUUGACUUUGAAGUAAAUGUAGCUUGAACUUUGGGGCUACUACAAACCUGAAAGAUAGUCGUCCGCUGAAUGUGCAACUUCAGCUACUAGAUAACAUCAGAUUUAAAUGACUUAAAGAGUUUCUAGUUGAAGAGAAAUACGGCAUAAGCAUGUCAUCAUCACAAAGAGUCAGUAUGCGAUUGUUCACAAGAAGCAGGCAUUCCCUGAGCUCUGUGACACAUUUAUCUCCUCCUCAACUUGACAACCUAUUACUACCUCUGAACAUUUAGCUGUUAAACAUCAGUAAAUUAUUUCUUCAUUUCAGUCCUUUUUUUCCUCUCACUUCAAGUCAAUUUUCCUGCAGUGUUUUAGCAGGUUUCGCAGAUAAAACAGCCUGUAAAAGGAAGCUCCCUUCUGUUUCCGUCUCAAUGUGCUGCUGCAGCACACACCUCACCUCACGACUUACUUCCCUGCAGGACAAGCUGCACGAAUCAUCAAAGACGAGUCUCAGCUGGAUCCACAAGCUGACAGACACCUCAGGGUGACUGAUGGACACACAGGCUGAGCCAAAGAGUAUGGCGCUUAUUACUGCCAUUGUGCUGUUUUAGAAAUAUGUUGCUCAUCACGCCUGCUGUUAACACUUAGCUGUUGUCACCAGAAGAAAAAGAAACCCAUAUUCAGUGACAGCGACAGAGAGAAUACUCAACAGCAUUUCAGCAUGAGCUGGCACAAGGAGUCCACAUUCCCACAAUAGACACAGAUCAAUCAGGAGAGCUGGGAUGUGUUUGUUUUCAACACAACAGGAGAUCUGGCUAAUUUGAACCACUUGGAAGUCUGCAGGAAGCACAGCCUGCAGGUUUCUGUUUCUUUGGUCUGUUUGAUGUCAAAAGCUGUGAGCAAACAUACCCAGAGUGUGCCUUCACUUCAUUCAACCUGCUCUGUCUGUUUACAGAUCGAAGUUUGAUCUGCUUCAAAGAGGAUUAGAUGCUUAUAAGAGACGAUCAGACAUAGAUGAGUGGUGAAAGUAAGUUAUUAUCUGCUCGGAGAAAAACAAGAAGCGGAAAGGAAAAAGUCACCUGACAAAAAAAUGGGAGAGAAGGCAGAGUGACAGGCGCUGUAGUUUUUGAACAUAUUUUUUUGGUACUCAGAAGGAGGGAAAUUCAGAGCUUACAGAUAGAAUUACAUCAACUUUGCAUGAGAACUGUGGAAGCACAUUUUGGCACUGAGAAGCCUUAAUAGGGCACUGCCACUUCCCAUGAUUUUGUAACCUUAUUUAUUAAUGCACAUUUGAGGCAUAUAUUCAUACACACAAAAGACUAUUGGUAGGUUUAUUUUGAGUAAUGCUCAUCGAGACACUGGGGACAGUUAAAGAGGUCUUAUACACUGCUCAUUCAAGUGUAAUCAGCAACUCUGAAAAACCUUGUUAAAUUUAUUUUGGCUAUUUGGAACUCAUUGUUAUAACAAUUUGGGUUAUUUAGCUUAUACCAGGGAGUGGAAAACCCAAACAGAUCAAAUCAAUUGGCUCUAUUGGUGAUCAUGUUAUAGUGCAGAAGUAUUACUUCUGUGUUUCUGAAUCAGCCUGAAUUAAAUCCCUCUUAUAGAUCAGCAACAGUUCUCAGUAUGAUCUGGUGAAGGUGUAUGACAUUAUGAGUGGAUGCAUUAUCUGGCAUAUGGUGUCAGUUUAAUUGUGAAUCCACCUGUUUUCAGUUAAAGAUUGUCAGAUACAAGAACAUUUUAACAACCACAUAAAAGCCCCAAAUGUUAGCUGGUAUUCAUCUUGUUUUUCAGCUAAAAAGACAACAUGGAAAGAGUCUGUGAUAGUCCAUUUCCUGAUUACAGUCUUUGACCUCCAAGAACUCUGAAAAGAAAGUUAAGGGGACAGUUUCCGGUGAAUGGGGUUGCAUGAGGUACUUGUACAUAGUAAGUGUGUUGUCCACAUGUGGUUCUGAUCAGCCUAGUGCUCUUUCACUAUGAAUUAACAGUCUCAGGACAGCAACCCAGGUAUGCAACAGGAUGUAGGCACCCUCAUAGGCCCACUUAUCCAGCUCUGGUGGCUUGAUGACCUUGGUCUUUUUCCAGUCCAAGAGGGUAUUCUUUAGACUUUUUCUCUCUUUUUUUGCUGACACUCUUUUGUAUAAUUAUACUUCAAAAAACCUUACAAAUGUAGUACAAUUUCUGCAUUUUACCCUUGUUUUUGUGAACUCUGCAAAAAUAAUAUAAAACCACAUUUAAACAAUUUUCAGAAAGUCAUAAGCACUAAGCUUUCACUGUCACCAAAUCUUUCACUCUCUUCUUUCGCACUGGUGGGGCUAUGCUGAGCUUGUUAGUAAUAUUAUUGCCUUCUCAGUGAUUUCUUGAAAACAGUUGCAGCUCAGAGUGAUUGAUUAAUUCAUGCUCAUCACAGUACUUGAGUUGAAUGAUGGUUUAGAAAAGAAUGUCAGCAAAUCUAUUAAUCUAAUUCACAAAACAUAUGGGAUUCACAAUGUAACAACAGACAUCAAAAUAGACAUCAAAACAGCUUUAAUGCUAGCUUCUCUCUUCAGAAAACACUGAAUAAAUUACAAACCUCAGCAUGUUUUCAUCUUGUCCAGCUGCUAACACUCCUCGUCUUGGAAAGUUGUCCUCCGAGGGGCUGCUUUGUUUAGACUUAAUUUAACAGCAAAAUGUAAGUAGACUCUUGUAGAAAACACUGAUUUGUUAGAGAGAAACAGUGGGAUACUUGUUCUUCUCUGAAACACACUACAGGGCUUAUGCACUACUUUACAAACUCGUACUCAUGGAGGAAUAUUGUCAAUAGUGCUUUUGUAGAUCUUAUAGAGGCAUCAAUAACCUUUUCAAUCUGUUUCAUAACUAGCUGAAAAAUUUCCCAUAUUCACUUUAAAUUGUAAUCCAAGUUCUUGACCAGUCUUUUGCUUCAUCUUUGAUCAAUAAUCCUACCACAAUGUGUGAAUUUAUUUUUUAGGUGACAUGUUUUGUCAUUCAGAUCAUCAUAAUUAUUGUAUUAGAAGUUGUCAAUAAUUAGGUUGAUCAUAGAAUGCAUGUGGAUUAGAUUUUACCCCUGUCAAAACCAAGGUCUACAUUUCAUGUUGACUUCAAGGUAAGUCAAAUGCCAUGAUUAGAAUUUAUUCUCUUACUUUUCAGCUAUUCUUUCAUCAACUGUCAGAUAUAAUAACAACAGUAAAUCCUGUAAUUACGUGCCUGAAACAGGCCUCACAGGACCAUUAGGCAGGAUGGGACCAAAGAUCUUGAUAGCAGAACAAAGAUCAAUCCCUAAUGAGUAUCAUAAUACCUGAACUGGUGUUUUUUAGACAAAGUAAUUUAAGUGUCACAAAGAGUCAAGAGUUGACUGCUGUGAGUCUUGUUCUUAUGCAAAUAUGUAUUGUUGAUUAAUCAAAACCCCCCCCAAAAGAAAUCUAAUUUCUCACUUUGUCAUAUUUUUUAGUUUGCACUAAGUUUAUACCAUGGCACUGCAGGGCUCUGUCAAUCUCUUGUCUCCACAUGUACCCUGACAGAACCGGUCCGUCUCUCUUCCUGCCUCUUCGCAGAAUAACAAUGCAUAAUUGAUAGCAGAUGGGACUAUUGGUUAUCUCUUCACUCGUGGUGAAGCUGUCAGCUUGACCAGUUUUGUGCUGCAAUAGGGUUUUGUUCUGCUGCCUCCCUAGCUGCAGUCUAUAUUUGAAAACAAUGUUAAGACAUUGCAACCAUCUGCUUCCAUCUGUCCAGAAGUUUGCAGAGCUAGUUCGUUUAACCACAUCUCAAACUGGACAGGCUGAACCUUGAGCGAGGCCUUUACCUUAGGUUCAUAAUAGUAAUAUCUUCAAGAUUUAUUGUAAGUCAUCCCAGUCUCUAGGGGCCAAAAUGACAAUAAACUAUAACUAUACACUUUAACUACUAUACUAUGAUAAACAGGAUAAAAUGUAUUGAGGAUACUGCAGAGCUAAGGCUGUUUUCAUCAGCACAUUGUCGACAAACAAAAGUAAUGUGUGCAUAAUGUGUUUUGGGGUCAUUGGUAACACUUUACUUGAGGCUCUAUAACCCAUUAUAAAUAUAUGUAUAAUGCAUUAUAAUCACGUUAUAGCACUAUGUAACUAUAGCUAUAAACACUGAUAAAUGAUCAUAAUGCUUUAUAACAAUAAUCAUAACACAUUAUAAAGCAUUUUAUCAUGACUUACAAGGUCAGGUAUAAUAAUGUGUUAUGCUCAUUGUUAUAAAGCCGUAUGAUAAUUCAUGAGUGUUUAUAAUGAUAGUUAUAUAAGUUUAUAAGCAAAUUAUAACACAUCAUAAAUACAUGUAUCAUGCAAUAUCUAUGUGGACAUUGUCAGUGAGUUAUAAACAGUUAUAAUACAUUGUAAUGCCUGACCUUGUAUGAUAAAACAAAGUCAUGAUAAAAUGCUUUAUAAUGUGUUAUGAUUAUUGCUAUAAAGCAUGAUGAUCAUUUAUGAGUGAUUAUAACUAUAGUUAUAUAGUGCUAUAACGUGAUUAUAACGGAUUACAAAUAUAUUUAUAAUGCGUUAUAGAGAUAGGCGUCAAGUAAAGUAAUCAAAUAAAGAUUAAAAGAAUAGAGUGACAUGUCAUCAGGGUUUAAAUUAUGUCACCUGUGAGUUUAUGUGCUGACAUGAGUGUUGCAGACACUGCAACAGUGCAGUGGACACCCACUCGUCACACAUAUGGUUAAAGUGGAAGAAAAUCCGAUUCAUUUAAUAAAGCCCAUAAACAGUUUUAAUAAAAGGGACCAAAAGUGCUAGUUAAAGGAAGGAUUGAGUUUAUUUGGGCUUAAAAAAAAAGCAUUAAGAUGUAAAAAUUUGAAGGUAUGCAUUAGUGAAAUCAACUCAUGCAGUCUGGUUUUCUGUCACUAUGGCACAAUGUCACUUUUGAAUAGCUCAGCACUCACAAACCGUCAGAUUUUAAAUUAUUUAGUGUGUCUGCAUAUGGUCCCCUGCUGUGGUUCUCAGAUUAUAUGUAGGUUUUCUAUGAACUGCGACUUUAAUAUUGUAUAAAGUGUGCUGUGUUGACCAUAAAUGGCUCAGCUGUAGCUUAUAGAGUUAACACAACAGAUUGACAGAUUUGACUCUUUCAUAUAUAAGAUCCAAGAAAUAUGUCGAUAAAGACUGUGCAUACAGGGCUCUCAGUCUGGGGUCACGUUUUUGUUUGCUGAUGUCAUGUUUCUCUGUGUAAACGCACACAUGCUGAAACUUUUGUUCCUAUAAUGUUGUCAAAUCGCAUUAAUGGCUUGGUAGUGAAUACACUGUUUUUAAUAGCUGAGUCCUUAAUCCUACUUUAAAGCAGCAGAGCAUGUUUCUAUGAAGAGUAAAAAAUUUAGUCAGCACUUUGACUGAUAUCAAGGUGUUUCUCUCUCUUUCCAGGAGCUGGAGGAUGGUCUCCUCUGAGUUCAGACAAAUAUCAGUGGUUGGAGGUCGACCUUGGGGAACGGACACAAAUUACUGCUGUUGCUACGCAGGGUCGCUACGGCAGCUCUGAUUGGCUAACAGCCUACCUACUGAUGUUUAGCGACACGGGGCACAACUGGAGACAGUAUCGGCAGGAGGACGGUAUAGGGGUGAGUAAACAGUUAUACACAGUAUAGUGAAAAUGUUCAUUUUGUUGUUACUCAACUUUUAUAUGCUCUAUUUUAUCUAUAACAUAUAAAAUUACUUAGGUGUUCAAGCUAUUUUGUUUUAAUCAUUUUGAACCUCUUCAGGGCUCCCCCACAAACAAACAGCUGCUGGAAUAGAGUAGGUGAGUUGUGUUUAGUCUCUUUGCUAAAGAAAUUAGGCAAAGCUAAAAAGAUGUUUGGUGAGUAGUGCUGAGGCUGAGACCCUAUAUGUGCUGUUGAUGAAAUUAGGUGCUGUUCUGAGCAUUAUUUGUGGCUAUAGAGCAGCUUUUUGGUUGAGGUGUGUGUGUGUGUGUGUGUGUGUGUGUGUGUGUGUGUGUGUGUGUGUGUGUGUGUGUGUGUGUGUGUGUGUGUGUGUGUGUGUGUGUGUGUGUGUGGCACCUGGGACAGCUGUGUAUUGCUAUCCUGCAGUCGUUACUAAAGUUUGUAUAACUCAGUGGUUCUCAAGUCCAACACACCUGAUUCAAAUGAUCAGCUCGUUAUAAGCCAUUCCAGAGCUUGAUAACGAGCUGAUCAUUUGAAUCAGGUGUGUUGGAGCAGGAAAACAUCCAAAACAUGCAGGACAGUGGGCCUCGAGGACUGGACUUGAGAACCACUGGCCUAGAUGACUGGUCUAACACCAGGUUACCACAGGUCUAAAAAUGAAUGUUGUUAUGUCUAACUCUGUGUUACGGUGUGUUUGACCCUAAAUUAAUUUUAUGCCGUAUUAUCCCUUUAAUGCAGACGUUUGACAGUAAUUCAAAUCUAAGAAUACUAUAAUGCUGUAAUGUUUCUUGAAAAGUGAUAAAAACUUUUGUUUAAAGUCUGAGAGUCACUAAACCCAAUAAACUAUGAAAAGAUAUGUUGGCACAGACCUCCAGUACAGCUGCAGUCUCUUUAAAUCAUUUUUAUUGUAGCCCUUUAGACUCUUCCACUGAGCAGGAUGCUCUGCCAAAAGUUUAAAAUAUACCCCAAGAAAUCACUCAGUUUAUCAAGUGCAAAGGACAUAGCAUCUCAUUUACUCAUAGAGUUACUUUUCUGUGUAAGGUUUUAUGUAGAGACUUGUGGAGUCAACCUCAUAACACUUAACGUAGCUGAUGGAGGCAGUCAAGCACUACCUCACAGCUCCUGCUGCAGACCGACGAUUCUCCCUAUUACAGUGAUGCUGUGACAAACAGCUUCAAUUUAAAGCAGAUGAGAGCUAAGACUCUCACAGUGAGGGUAAAACUAAUGUCAGGCUGAGACUCCUUCAUAGAGAAAGAGAGCAGAAGAGGGGCUUAAAAGCUUGUUGAUUUUACACUCAGCAUAAAUCAGGACAAAUCCUCAGCGUGUCUCACAAGUCCCUUCAAAGCUCUACAUAUUAGUCAGCCUUCUUUAUUAUAGCUUUUGGGAACAGUCUUGACUGCUGAGCUGCUUCAUCAGUCACAAUUCCUCCAGGACCUCUCUUUCUUUUGAGCUUAAAGGCCAGAGUUUGCGUGGCUGCGUAAUGCUCUCUCGUCUUCUAAUUUCCCCCUCUUCUCUCAUCUUCUCUCCUCUCCUUUUUCUCUCGCUAGUUUCCACCGCAAAGGUGUAAAAGAACAGAUGGUUGGGAAUAUAUACCGUCAUUAUCAGGGAAUAUAACAUCCCUUAGUGUUAAUGGAGGUAAAGUAAGUGGAAGUAUAUCAUAGAUUUCCCUACUGGACAGAUAAGGAUGCAGAUUCUGUUAAUGAGCAUCAUCUUGAGAUGCGAAUACGGACUCUAAUGUGCCACAAGAGCCACAAAAAGGCAUUAAGAGAGUGCUGUAAGAGACAGCGUGGGGGUUGCAGGAAUGGACGUGGGAUACAUUUGACUUUAUUGAUCUAGUUGCAACCUUUCCUGAUAGUGUAAUGACUUUAUAAUUUACUUUAUGACUUACAUAUUUUAUUAUGGGAAUGAAGUGUAAAUGUCCAUGAACCAGAAAACCCACUGUGCAGUUUGGACCACAAAGACUGCACCAUUUUCAGAGUCUGGAUAGUUUUCCUUUACAACCCUUCACACUAAGAUGUUUAACUGAGUUACAGUAAUCAGGAUAUUUGAUAUUUUUGUUAGUAUUUUCUAUUUGAUCUCUUAAAAUGUUUGAAAAAAUGGCUAUAUGUUUUUGUUGGCAAUUAAAUUGUAUUCAGACUUUUUCCACACAUUUUAGGUCAUACAAUGUCCUAAAUAGUUUAGAGAAACACUAGAAGAUACAGGGUGCUAAAGGAGAAAUAUUCAGCAACAUCUAGCAGUCAGACUCCAGCUUUCCCAGCUGAUGAGGCUUUAAAAGUGAUUUUUGAUUUGUGAUGCAUGAAUACUAUGAUAUCCCAUUAGUAAAGUUUUUACCGUUGAAAACUUCCAUUGAUUAAAAAAAAAAGUGCACAAUAGCCACUUUUUCUUCUUCUUCUUCCUUAUCUUCCAACCGGUGCAUUUCUUAUAGCCACCGGCUAUAUACACAAACCUAUAUAUUACGAGUUUGUUUGUUCUCUGUGACUGUCACUCAGGGAGAAAUAACGUUCUUCUCAUUUUAUCUUAUCUUACCUUAUUUUAAAAAACCUGGGCCCUAAAAUGGGUGCAAGUUAGUUAGCUAAUUUCACAAUGUACAUGUCCUGGGCAUAAAACUGUGUGUGGAUAGAUAAUGACAAUGACACUUAUGCUUUUGGCUAAAAGGAUUUAUACUGGGCAUACCACGGGCCCACAGUUUUUUUUUUUUUUUUUUUUUGUGGAAAGGAAACCACCUGACUCUCUGCUGUUAAUGUGUUUUUACAGGCAUUUCCAGGGAACAAUAACGCUGACAGUGUGAUCCAGCACAAGCUCCAGCACCACGUUAUUACUCGCUACGUCCGCCUGAUCCCUCUGGACUGGAAUCCAAAUGGUCGGAUCGGACUCAGACUGGAGACCUACGGAUGUCCGCAUGGUCAGUUUGAGACAUUUUAUAUCCAACAGUGAUGGUCAGUGACUGAGAACAGGAUAGUGGAGACGACACAAAAUACAUCUUCCAUGCUUUAAAUAGUCAUUACAUUUUAGUCAAGUAUAAAAAAUAUCCAGAAGGUCUUCAAUGUCUUGAUUUCUUGUGUGUUAAUAGGGCAGAUUGAUUGAGUGCAAGUCUGCUGCAGUAAAAGCAUGAGUUUAGACCCUAAAUGUGUCAUGCAAUCAUCACCAAAAAGCACGAUUCAGUGUGGCAUUUUUACAACUUGAGUUGGCGUCAGAGCUAUUUGAAAUGAGUUUGUCUUCUCGCCUCCAUCCGUGUCACUAGGUAUUUUUAAUGUGUUAGUAUGCCAAGAUGGUGCAUGCUACUGGAACAACCUUUUGAAACCAUUAUUCAGUUCAUUUAACAUCAGCGAGGCAGCUCAAUUAUUUAUCUAUUUGAUUUUUCUAAAUUCAUAUCUCACUCACUCUCUGUAUUUAGUUGUUUCAUCCAAACUUGAGUCAACUUCAAGUUUCUAAUGUGCCAAUUAAAGAUAAGGAUAGCAGACAUCUUCUUUACACGGAUACAACCUUAACUAGAGAUAAACAGCAGAUGGGGGGUGGCAGCUUCUUUGGUUUGAUCUGGAAUGAGCAGCAGGGGUGGCAAACAGCAGGGGGGCACCUGUCACCUGCUGGACAGGUGAGGAAUGAGCAAAUGAAAAACAGGAACAGCAUGCGGAGAGACCAAGUAAGACCAGUGGGGGAAGGAGGACGCUCAGCAGCUGUGGCAAUGACAGCAUUAGAGGACCGGUCUUUCUACUCAAGUUUCAUCGUCCUAACUUAUGAAGUGGAUUUAGAAUAAAAUGUUCUUUGAGACUCUGGUUUUCAGAUAAAAUAUCUUUGAGAAAAUGCUGGAAGUUUUUUUUAUUUUAUUUUUUUUGUUUACUUAAAAGGUCACUCCCACGAUUAAGAAAUGGUAACCCAUCUUCGUUUCAUAGUCAGAUUAGAAGAAAGAGUUUUACAGUUUUAUUUGUCUGCACAGCUGUCAGCAGCAAAGUCUCAGAGUCAGUGGAUGCAAUAAUUGAUGCAUCCGAGCUGACGUUUCUAAUUUGAUGCUCGGAUAGCGACAAUGAAGGCGUAAGAUUUGUUGCAGAGUAGCACUCAGCAGAGAGGCGAUGCUGCUGUAUCAUUUCACCCUGGGUGUCAUGAAAGUUACUUUGCUUAUAUCAAAUACACAGACCGACAGUCUGUGUUUAGUAUGACAAUAGGUGAAAAUACAAAAAUACUGAUGCUCCAGUCCUUCAAUUUAAGGCAUGUAAAAGUUCAGGCUGCCGGUGUUCUGACGAGGACAACGUCAAAAUAAGCGAGGGUCAAAAAAAGUAAGUGUGUAGUCUGUUGUUUUCUUGUUUUCAGACUCUGAUGUGCUGAGCUUUGAUGGCCGCAGCAGCCUUCUCUUCAGGUUGAGUCCCCAGCCGAGGCAGACGACGAAAGAGAGCAUCUCAGUGACAUUCAAAACCCUGAGGAACUCUGGGAUGCUGCUCCAUGCAGAGGGACAGAAUGAGCACAGCCUCACGCUCGAGUUAGAGAAAGGAAAGCUGCUCCUGCUCCUCAGGAAAGGUAAAACCAGGAAAUCUCUGUACACAGUGUCAUGAUCACUCCUGAUGAAUUAUGAAGAGGUACUUGUAACCACUAUAAUUUUGAUGAAUGAGUCUCUGCUGAGAUGCAAGAGAUCAUGCUACAGAGCCAGAUGUUUGCUGCUUGUGAUAAGGUAUAUACAUUUAUCAUUUCUUUGUUCUGAUUGAGAUGUUGAUUUUUGCAGAAAUCAGUCAGCUGUAGUGUGGGUAAACUUCACAACACUAUUAGAUCUAUAAGGGGGCAAUGAAAACCACAGAUUUCAGUAGAGUAUGAAAAGAGUUUCUCAGCCACUUUUGCACUUUAGUUUUUAUUUACUUAUGGGCCUAAAGUCUCUGCCUGAGGACAUUUCUACAGACUGAAUAAGAAACCCAGAUUAUCAAAUCACUUUCUCAAGAUGUUUGAAAAUGAUGAGGUUGAGGAGGGUCAAAUGGUAAAUACUUCUUGAAAUUUGAAAUCCAGUGUUUCUAAAGUUGAGCAGAUAAGAAGUCAGGGUACCAGUAUUAAGUCAUCUUUUUUUAAGAUUUAGAUUGAACAGAUCUGGUUCCUAAUUUUGUCGCUGGCGUCUUUCAAACAUUCGACAUGGUGCAGUGGUCGGCAAAGUGGUCUCACAGCAAGCAAGUUCCUGGUUCCAAUCCAGCCCCAUCCCACAAUCCAGACAUGCUUGUCAGGUUAAAUGGUCCCUCGAGUUUUCCUGUAGGUACUAUGCCUCCUGCCCAAUGACAGCUGGGAUAGGCUCUGGUACCUAAAAUAGCAUAGAUAAUCAGCCAUGAACAUUUAUUUAUACUGUUGAUUAUUGUGACAAAAUAGGUCAGUGAAAUACUUAAGUUACCACAGAUGACAUAUCCCAUCCUGUAGCACAGUGUUGUUUGUGGUGGUUCUCCACUUUUGUUCUGGAAAAUAGAGAUAAAGUUUCAUGUUGACUGUCAGAUUAAACUGAAGCAACCAGGACAAGCAUGUGAAAUAGUGUUUUACAGAAGUGGGAGGAUACACUCCAGUUAGCGAUGUUGCAACACUCUCUCUAAAUUUUCAUUUCAACAACUGGGAAAUGAGUUUAUGUGGGAUGUCUCUAUUUCUAAUACUUAUAAGUAUGUCAUUUCAGAAAAGACACCGUCCACGUUUACAUGGGCAAAAUUUCUUGAUCCGAUUAAAAAUUUGAGGGAUCUGAUAAUCUGAAUCCACUGACCUGCGUACACAUGCGCCGAGUUUUAUUCAGAUUUAAAGCAUUUGGACAUACGCAGAAUUAUCUGAUUUCGCUAAAACAACUGCAGAAGAAGAGUUGUAUUUAUGCCUGUGCUGUCAAUGAACCAACAAACACGGAAGUGAAUAAGUGUUUACAUGGACGCAUUUCAGAAAACUGAUCGGCAUAGACCACCCCUUAUGACCGGAAUACUAUUUCUUCUCGAUUGAGCCGAAUUGGAUCGGAAUCUUCCGAUCGACAUAUUAACAUGACAUGUUUUUAUUCCGAUUAUUUGUGCCCUUGUAAACGCAGCUAUUGCCUCCUUUUUAUGGUCAAAGCCUUUUUUACAUCAUUUCUAUGAGGACUGUCAUGAUCAAGAGGUCAGAGAGUAUUUUCUCUGCCAUCGUUUAAUUUCUUUUUUUAAGGUUGCCUCUUUUAAAAAUGAAAAAGGUUUUGCAUUUGAUUCCCUUCAGUGUGUGUUCUGCUCUGUCCUCUGCUGUAACACCCCAUUAUAAUUGUAGUGUUCCCCUGUAAGCCCCGAGCAGCCUUCAGGAGCAAUUAACUGAUCACACUUAAGGCCUCCAGGUUUGCCUGGAGAUAUACAAACUUUUUUAAUUAUUAAACUGAUUUAUUUAGAUAUAUUUAUUGUCCCAGAAAGACUACUGCCCCCCCUCUCUUUCAUAUCCAUGGUUUUAUAUUUCUGUAGCUCUCUGCCUCUGACUCUUUCCUGGGAGUAAACACAGCAGCAAUCAAUUUCAUUGAUCUCCGGCCCUCUUGUGAAACUAAUGUUAGGUAAAUAAUGGAGGUAUUGGGGGAAAAGAAAUACUUUAGUUUGUUUCCUGAAUGCUAAGAGAGAGAGGUGCAGAAUAAUUUAACGGUGAACAAAGAUGAAAGUAUAAAUCCUUUUCUCUGAUGUUUGCAUUGACAUAAAAACGGUUAGUCUCUGUGUUAAGAUCCAAAGCUAUUGGCCUAAUUCGGAAAUGAGAGUGCACUCAGGCAUGAUUUAUUGACUGCAAGUGUGCUUGUGCAAAAAAGGACACUCCAAAAUGACAGAAGAUCGAGGUAAACAAAACUGUUGAAUACUAAAGUCCUUUCUUUUAUUUUGCUGGGGUUUAGAGCACACAGAGGAGACGUGACGGUUAAGUCUGUUGUGUUUAUACACCUAGUUUGCUUAUGACUCAAUGCAAACGGCUCAGACCACUUCCAAAGUACAGAUCACUGAGAGCGUUUUGAGCUAUUAUUUAUGCAUGAUUAAAAAUGUACACUGUGAAAGCUUUCAGUGUAUUUUCCUUUCAUACCAUUGUGGAUAAAAAAAAGCAGAGUAUGUGAGUAUAUGACUCAUCCUGGAUACAGUCUGUCAGCUCAGCUGUCUCAGUAAAUGGUGUGCGGUGUGUUACAUUUAAUCCCACUCCAUUGAUUCACAAUGUUCCUCUCCUCAGCCCGAGCUGAUUUACAGAAUGUCUCCCUGUUAUAGAUUCAGCCUUACAGGAUUGUAAACAUACAGAUCAGCUGUCUGAUACGAUGCAAGACGCUCAUAUCAGAGAAACCCAGCUGUGCUCAGUUUUUACUGCUCUCAGUUGACUUGCUCUUUUUGGACUCACACAAAUACACUCAGCCCCUUCUCUCAUGUCUGAAACAAGUCCCAAGUUUUAAGAUGCACGACUCUUUAGGAAUAAGUUUUUGGUUUGAAUGUGUUGAAAGUUAUUGUCAGUGAAAGAAUACGCUGAUUGUGUCGGCAGCCUCAGUUAUAAAAAUAAACAAGCCGAUCUUCAGUAUGAUUCUGGCAGAACAGGCAGAUCUUUGACAGUUUGACACUCAUAAGCUGAGAUGUAAUUUGCAUGCAUUUGCAGUAUAUAUCUUAGUAAGUAAUAACAAACCGGAUUAGAAUACCAAUAAAGAUUUUUUUGUAGUUGUUGUUUACUUCUUUGAUUCCCAGGCUUUUUAAAAGUCAAAAAGCGUUCAGCUCAGUUUUUUCAGGGCAGCUUGUUGCUUUCUUUAAUAGAUUUCUGUGUAUCCUCUUGAUCAUUAAAGCUUGAGAGCAAAACUUUCUGUUUGGGUCCAUGUCGGCUCCCCAUGUGAAAUAAGCAGCAACCCUCAUCUCUCUGCUGAUCUUGUUCUCACCAGCCACGUUAACAUGUGCAAAAUUUCUUUAUCUGAUUAAAAAUUUGAGGUAUCAAUAAUCUGAAUCCACUGUUUAUGUGGGUGCAAAAUCAAAUAAUCCGAUCAUGACGUGCGUAUACAUGCACCAAACUUUAUUCAGAUUAGAAACAUUUGGACAUGCGCAGAGUAAAACAACCGCAGAAGAAGAGUUAUAUUUACGCCUGUGCUGUCAACAAACACACAAACGCGUUAGUGGCUAACUCCAUCCAAUUCAGGAUUUUUCCCCCUGUUAAAUGUUGUCACUAGAUGGCGCCCUUGCAUACUUAUUUUACUGUUUUGGCAACGGUUGCACUGUGCGUGCAGAUGUAACAUCACCACGCUGUUUGUACACCAUGUUAUGUUACCGAAAGAGUAGACACAGCACCUGCGGUUGUGUUUUAUGCCAGAGUGUUAAUAAUAAAACCUCCAGUACUGACCUCAAUAAAUAAACCAAAGGCUAAAGAGUGAAGAUCUAGUCAGGUAUGAGAGUCACGAUCGGAAUAAGUGUUUACAUGGACGGGUUUCGGAAAACUGAUCGGCACAAACUCUCAAUUGGAAUACAUUUUCUUUCCAAAUGAGCCGACUUGGAUCACAAUCUUCCGAUCAACAUGUUUACAUGACGCAUUUUUAUUCCAAUCGGGUGUUUAUUCCGAUUAUUUGUGCCCAUGUAAACACAGCUAUCAUGUUUUUUGACCACAUAUAUCCUUCUUACUUUCAACAGCCACAUGCGUCACUUCUUGAGAAUCUUUGCAGCGAAGAAAAUAUAAAAUAGCAUGUUGUGACUCAUUUCUUUUGAUAGCUGACGCGCAGCAGUGGUGCCAGACGUUCAAAGUUACUUUAUAGAAAUAGCAUAAUUUACUUUGGUAGAUCAGCGUGAGGCAUCUGUAUUAUUUCAGUCGUUUUCAUAACUAGUGAAAAACUGCAAUGCAAUGAAAUGACAACACUAAAACAACUACAGCGACUGUCAUCUGGAAGAAAAAUUAAGAAACACCAAAAUUAGAUUCAGAAAUGAAGUGUGCAGCAGCAGACAGCAGAGGAUUCAGUGAUAUUUCUUCUGGCAGUUGUUUGAAAUUACCAGAAAAGAAACCUAGGUUUUUUGAAUUUGUAGAAGAUUCAAAGAGAAGAAAAAAAACAGGAAGUUCAGAAUCUUCUUCGAACCCUUGUCAAAAGUCUUCUGAAACCCCAGAGAGAUCUAAUGAAACCAAAAGCUUCAGCGAACCAUCACUGAUUCUUGAAAUGAAACAAGGACACUUGAGCUUGGGAGCCAGACAUGUUUCUCAAGGUUCCUUGUUCCAUUUCAUGUUUUAUGUGCUCUGAGAGCUGCAGCUAGUCCUUGUUCUCUUCAAUUAUUUCAAGAUGGACUGACCCUGCUCCUGAGAUUCACUACCAUUUAUGCAAGUCAGGUGGGACUGAAUAUCUGAAGCAAAGUAAACAGAGACAACACUCUAAAUCCAGUGUUGUGUUAGUGUUUAGAAGACCAUCCAGCAGCCAAGUUCUGAACCUGAUGGCUGUUAAAUCAUUCACAUUUGUCUUUUAUGCUGAACUGGAAAUAUAAGAUGAUAAGAUGAGCAUGUGUGGAUUUGGUGGGGAAGAAGCUGCUUAGUGUCGCAGAUCGGAGUGAUUUCUCUGACCGGUAAGUCAGGUAGUGAUGAUGCCUGAAAAUGCAAAACUGCAACUGCUUCAGUCAGGCAACAAAUCUGGAUUCAGGCAUUCACACUGCUUGUUAAGUUUCACAGCAUGCCAGAUAAGAGUUGACAUAACUCUGUUUUCCUUACAAAAAUUCUUAUAAUAAUGCAAAUGAUGUCUACAUUUGUCAGCUAAUGAUUGAAUAUACUUCACUCUGUGUCUGUCAAUCUUUCCCUGUUUCUUGUCUCCCUACUUCACCAACUUAGUGUCUGUCAUAUCAGUAAUGAUUAAUGGCUCUGUAUGGCCUCUGGACAACCCCCGUUUUUUCUCUCCAUCUAUUUUUCAUCCUACACAGACUAUGCGGCCUGUUUUCAAACUGUAUUUACUUCAUAUUUAACUACCAAGGGUAUUUAGCUGCUACACUCACCCCUAAAUCCCAGCAGAAACUCUGUACUCUGCCAAAACCUUGGGAUGAGCAAAGGACCAGCAGUAUAUUUUGUCACUUAUUUAUACUUUUGCACUUAUUUUUGUAUUCCCUUGUGUGUAAAUGAUUCACUCUCCUUUACCUUACCUGCUUCUUUCUCAGCUUUAGUUUUGAAAGGAAAACUUUGACACCACUGCACCGGUCAAAAACUUAGAAAAACAUCUAAAAGUGCCUCUGUGAGAAGAAAACUGGAAUGGGGGAAGACAUAGAAAGAGCUACAUGAUUCUUUUAAAACAUGAGAAAAGAAAUGUGAAGUUGGACAAAAGACUGAAUUUCUGCUGAAUCAAAAUGCACCUUAAAUAUGCCAUAAAACUUAUAACCUCAAAUAUUAGAUUUGAAUGUGUGUUUACUUAUAUACAACCUUUUGUUCCAGAGCUUCUUCACCUACUCAUCCUCUCUUUUUUCUGCACUCUAGGCUGGAGUUCCUCUCUUGACAGUCAGCAUCUGGUGUCUCUUGGCAGCAUGCUAGAUGACCAACACUGGCACCAUGUCUGGGUGGAGCACCACAGCACUCACCUCAACUUCACCGUAGAUAAAAGCACACUGUGGGUGCAGAUCCCUCAAAAAUUCACCCACUGGGACUAUGACCAGGUGUGUUUGUGUCUGUGUGUGUUCAAAAACUUCCUCUUGCUAUUCACUCUGUUUCAAAUUCAUCAUUUCAGGCCCUUAUACUCAUGUCUUUUCACUGCACAGAUGAGUGUGGGAGCGGAGCACAGCCUUGGCUCUCAGAGGUCAGCUAGGUCACUCAGAAACUUUCACGGCUGUUUGGAAAAUCUUGUUUAUAACAGCGUGAACCUGAUAGACCUCGCCAAGCAGAGAGACCAGCGGGUCAUUGUGAAGGUAAACCAGCUCACGGCGUGGUGAUGAAAACUUGUUUGUAUGUUCAUGUAGCAUAUUACCACUGUAAACACACAUUAGUGUUAGUGUUUAGAGUUGGCGUUAGCUAAAGUUGCUGGUAGCAGCUGAUGUAAAUUUGAUUGUUAAUUGUUGAUACUUCUGUUAUGUUGUAUAUAAAACAUUCAGUACAAGCGAGGAAAAAUCUCAAACGUGAAUGAAAAGGAGCAGAAAGAAGAAAAAGUCUGCCCCUCUUUCAUAAGAUAUAAAUCAACAAAACACAUAAUAAAUAAAUAUAAAUAUGUUUUACCAAAAUACAGCUCAUGUAGAAUUGAGAGUGGUCGACUUUGGUCCUACAGUUCGCAUAUACCUGUAGCAUACACAUGCUAAUGAAACACACAAGUGGCUCCAACAUGAGGCCUGUAAUAGUAGCAUUACAUGAUUGUAGGAAAACCCAGAUAGAGGUCAGGAGUAGGACUGUUUAAAAAAAAAAAAAAAGAGCUUUCUGGAAAGACUGAAAUAAAGCUCCUGAAAAGCUGAGAUUGUAGAUUUACUCUGUUGAAGAUGGGUUUUCAUAAAAUGAGCCAAGUAGCUUUACAUGAUUGGCAGAGAUGACUCCCGUCUGCGGCGGUUGAUAGCUGACCUUCCUUUCUGGUUCAGUAGUCAGUUUCUCAACCAAAGGGCUGAGCUAAGCAGGAGUACUGUGGGUAUUAUAUGAAGACAAGUGCUUCAUACAACCCUAAAAAAGAAAGAAAAGCUGGAAAAUUAUCUCUUUAUCCACUUGAUACACAGUCUGCUAGCACAAUCCAUAACAUUUUAUAAUCUGAUUUAAGAAUAGACUCAAUCUGUAAAGGGAUGACUGCUGUCAAAUAACUUAAGUAGGGUGAAAAGUUAAAGUCAAGUAUUUUUCUUUUAAAAGUUGGAGUGUAGGAGUGAAGAGUAGCAAAAACUAAUAUUUCUCAAGCAGGUUGAAAAUUGUUCCUCGAUGCAAAAUCUGACUAUUUUACAAGUAUUAUGCAACCUUGUACUCAUUACAUCUGGAAAGACCCAUUCAAAUGUCAUACACCACACCGAAACAGUUUUCAAAUCUGUGGAAAUACACUGUGCUUUGAAUUUACAUUUGAAAGCCAUUUUUAAAAAGCAAGCAGAGGAAAAAAAAACAAGGUAUACAUGCGAAGUUAACCACACAGUCCUCAUUUGUAUCUUUUAUCUUUUAAAACAUUUUCUAAAAUGUUAUCAAUUAACUCUUAUAAAGUCAGGAAAGAUCAUUUCACUCAUGUCCCUUUACAAAGACUCACGCUUGUGUAUCUCUCCCUGUGUGCGAGUGUGUGUUUAAGGGUCGUGUACCACUGAAUUUUUACAGCUUUGCAUCACUGUGUAAGGCUCUAACUACCCCACAAAGAGCUUUUAAAUUUGAUGAAGUGUCUGUGUAUUGCACGCCUCUCUAAAAAUGGAAACUCAGUAGGGACUCUGACACGUAUCACAUCUCUUCUGGUGCCUCUGCAGAGGAUGCACUGCAAUUACCUCUACUCAGUUCUUUGAGCACAUGUGCAGAGAUGUCUGACUGCCCCCAGCCCCUUAAUCUAAGUUCUGUUUCCUCUCUUUUUUUGGAGCCCUGUGGAUAAUAACCUUUACAUUUAGCCUUGUAAAUCAAUCUACUAGUCAAUAUUCUUGUGUUUUCCAGCUUGAGCAGAAUCCUUCUCUGUGUGUCCUCCACCCUCUCCUCUUCUCCAUCUUUUUCAGGGUAAUGUGACCUUCACUUGCACUGAACCCGUUUCGGUUUCCAUGACGUUCACCAGUCACCAGAGCUUCCUCUGGUUGCCAGGGGUGAAAGAACCUUCAUCUGGGGAUGUGUUGGUGGGGCUUCAAUUCAGGACGUGGAACAAAGUGGGGCUAUUGCUGACCUUUGACCUCCCAAAGCAAGGCGGUGCAGUCUGGUUGUACCUAAGCAAAGCUAGGCUUCAUUUUCUGAUACACAAGACUGGCAGGGCGCCGCUGGAGCUUGAUGUAGGUCAGUAUAACCGAAAACCUACAACUUCUAGUUUUCUUAUUGUUUCUCUUCAUCCAUGCAUCUGAAAGUCAUAAAAGUUCAGAUAAUAUAUCCAACAUAGGUAAAAAAGAGCACAAAAACGCUGUGUUUUUGGUUGUGCUUCAUGAAUUUUACAGGAAUGGCUUUAUUUUUUGAAAGAUUACAUUGUCUCUGUUUCUUCCCCGGGCUCUUUGCUGGAAAAUCAAUACUUUGUUCAGAAUAAAGGUUGUGGCAUUAUGAAAAAGAUACUGUUCUUACAGGACCACCAAAACCAGAUUUGUACCAAAACUAUAAAACAAAUAGUGUCAGUGUCGGGAACAGCGACUCUUGAGAACCUGCAAACCCCAUGAGGCCACCUCGCUGUGAAGAGUUGAAGCAGUACUCUGAAUCCUUAUAACACAGCUGAGUCUGACCUCUGACCUCCACCCCAGUUGGAAAUUAAAGAGUCGACACAGUGUGUAUUUACACACACUUUUGAAUGUAUCUGUGUGUCCUCAGGCUCAGCUCUCAGUGAUGGUCAGUGGCACUCUGUGGAGAUGAUCUCCAGACGGGGACAUCUCUCUGUCUCUGUGGAUGGAGAUGAAGGAGCCGCUGCUCAUGCUAGCCCCUCAUUUCUCAUUACAACAGGAGGUCCACUCUUCUUUGGUGGUAAGACAGUAAAAGGCAAACACUUCUUCCUUUAACGGCCAUUAGGUGCUUGGGGGGGGAUGUAAUAGUCUACUCUGCGUCAUUACACUGGUUUGCUGAUGCUUUGGUCCUUUGCUUUGCAGGUUGUCCCCCUGAAGAGAGCAGCCAGCAGUGUGUAAACCCCUUCAAGUCUUUCCAGGGCUGCAUGCGUCUGCUGACCAUCGACAACAUACCUGUGGACUUGAUCAUGGUGCAGCAGAGGCUGAUGGGGAACUACAGCCACCUGCAGAUUGAUAUGUGUGGCAUCAUUGACAGGUCAGACCUCCCCACUGAGCAAAAGAUAUAGGCUAUUUGACAUCUAUUUUUUUUAGUCAACCAUCUAGAUUCUGUAUAUUUUUGGACAGAAUUUAGACUUUGCGCUUUAACCCAUAAUUAGAUAACUAUUCAUUUCAAAAAGCAACUGUGAGUUGCAUAACUGAUCUCCAAGUACUUAACCAAAAUGAUCAUGAUAGCCGUUUAGCAAUAUACAUUGUUGUAUAGAUGUAGCCCAGAUUUAGACUCGGACUAAACUUGGUCUAAAUUUAGAUGUCCAAAAAAACGUUCAUUUUUAGACCUGUGGUAACCUGAUUUUAGACCAGUCGUCUAGACUACAUUUAGACAUCUAUUAGACCUCUUUAAGACCAAAAAGUGCUCAGUGGGUCAUUAUGUUGAACAUAUGCUCUUCUAAAAGGUUUUCGACUGUGUUUUCUAUUCAGCAAAGUUUGCUUAUACCUUACUGUUUGAGGGAGUACUGAGAGAUCAAUAAGUCACAGUGAUACAGCACUGAUGCUGUAGAAACAAAGUCUGGGUUUGUUAUUGAUCUUCAAUCUGUUUUCCUUUAUCUUCUUUUGUUUACCAUUGUUUAUUAAUUGAUGACUACUUUAUCUCUCUUUGGUUUUUAUUCUACUCAGCUUCUUCUGACAGCUUAUUUCAUUCUAUCUUGUUUUCACUGAGCACUGCUGUCACUUCUCUUUGACAUGCUGUUUGACAUGCAAAGUAACCUUGAACUUCAAUAGUAAGAGAAGAUAGUACAGUCUUGUCAGAAAUUUGGAUUUCUUUUGCUCCUCUUCCUUAUUUGAAGCUUGUAAAUCUUCCUCUAAAGGCUUUGUGGUUGUUUUCCUGCUGCAGUCACUUGGAUAAAAAGGAGAUUUAUUGCAGCUCAGAUUAAGUCUCGGUGUUUCGUGAGAUGUUCCCUGGUUAAAGAAACAAUCCAGCAAUUGUUUCCUUUACUUUUAUCAGUGAUGUACAAGGUCUGGCUUUCUUUGCAUCUUCAAGAUGUGAUUUGUUUUCUGAAACAGUGGCACUAUGCAGUUCCACAGGCAUACAGUUAGAGGAUCAAGUCGCAAUGCUUUUUAAAUGUUGUGGGUGUUUUCUCCUCUUGCUGUUGAAAUUGUUGUUGCACAAUGACUACCAUCAUUAAAGCCAUCUUUCCUCUAUGUUACUGAAAUGAAAUGCAUUUAGCGCAAAUUUCCAGAGAACUAAAUCUAUGCAGAGCACUGGCGAUUUUGCCCACUGGCCACUUGGAGAAAAUCAAUAUUGUAGACAUUUCCAUAUCCUCGUGUGAGAUGAACUAGCUUCCUUUAUAGUCUCUUUUCUCUUUCUCUAUUACUCAAAAUGUCAAGUUGAGCCUCAUGUUGUUUCCUUUUUUUUAUGUGAUUUGAUUGUUUUUUUUUCCCCCUCAAAUUGUGACAUUAGACCCUUUUCUAACUCAUCACAGCCCACUGGUACAUGUUUUUUCCACAACUUACUCUAAGCAGCUCUUUCUUCCCCAAAAGUGUCAACUUGAACACUCCUUUAGUCUCUCACCUCCAACCCUAAGUGUUCCUAUGACCCUGAAACUUGACUGCUCACAUACACACUUUAUUUAUCAUUUCGAGACAGAGAUACACUCUCUGUAAGUGGCUGGCCUGCACAUUUGCAGAAAAGUUAGGCAACAGCAAACUGCCAGAGUUUAAGAUGUAUUUAAUCGCACAAAGGGAACGUAAAUAGAGUUCUACACCUGCCUCCAUCCUAACCUGCUCCUCAAAGCUAAGAAACUGCUGCUAAAAAGCAGAGCGCCACCUGACCAGCCUGCUGAGUAAGGCUUUUUCUAACAUUAAAUUUCCCUUUGACUGAAAGAUUAAAAAUACAUGCUGCUCUCCUGCCCUAUUUCUCUUUUAGUUUCUCCGCAGUCACAAUUUGCUGACCUCAUUUCCUCUCCAAAUAUGUUUACCUAGCCCCUGCCGAGCUUCAUUCAGCCUAACCUCAUCCCCUUUGUUACACUCUCCCUCCUUUCUCUCCUCUGAUCCGUUUCUUAACCUUAAUACCUUCACUUGGUUUUCUCUUUCUGUUGCUCUUUUUGAAGUAUUUCCAGAAAUGUUCUCGUACCCUCUCAGUGUUUCCUUUUUUUGUACCUCUUUUCUCUCUCCUUCCUUUUCACUUCCUUUUUUCCUCUUACUGCUAUACUCAGUCCAAGUUUCUAAGGUUAAUGAAAUAGAAGCAGAGUUCAUUUUAAUCAUGUAAAGAUGGAGUUAUUUUUGACACGACAGACCACGAUAAAGGUCAGGUGAAGUCUGACAGCAAAACAAGACUGCAGAGUACAUUUCUGUUUAGAGAAUAAGACAGUACUUCAAACCAGAUCUUUUCAGCUCACGUCCAACAAAGACAGUAAAAGCUUCUCACCCGACUGUGCAGGAGAGCAUUCAUAAAUGUGCAAAUCACUAUUCUGAGAGUGAUGCUGCAGAUGACAGAAACAUUUGUGUCUUUGCCUCAGCACUUAUCGAAGUAGGGAUGUGUUUCUGAGCAAGCAUUUCUCCAAAAACUUGUACUUUCACAUGCUCACUCUGGUGGAAAGUGCUCGAGCACAGCUAUUUUUGAAGAAAGAAAGAGCGUCUACUCAUCUUGUUCCAAUUGUCCUGCAGCUGCUUUCAUGCACUUGAAUUAAAAUGUGUAAAUCAUUAUUUUAUGUUAAAUUACUGUUGCAAAGAAAAAACAAUGGAAGAGAAGUCAUGCAUUAUUUAGCACAAUCCACCAAACAUUUGUUUUUGCCCAUCAACUUUUAAAAACAGAUAAAAGAGAGAUUUACUAAAUAAUUCUGUUUGAACCGUGUCUGAUUCUCUGUUGUGUACAGACGUGAAGAACAGAGAGAUUCUUUCAGAGCCGUUGGUUUAAUAUUGUGCCAAAUAAUAAUACCUACCCUGAAUAUGGAGGUUCAGCGGUUUAGUCCAUGCGAGAGAAAGAAGCAGAAAUAGACUGACCAACCAGUCAGAUGAUUUAGAACUAUUUGGAGAAAUUAUUCACCAAACUUGUUUGAUGAUAAAUGAUGAGUCAUGAGAUGAGUCAAUAUAUCUGUCUCCUUUCCACAACAUACAGUAUUACUCAUGCUUUCAUUGCAGUGACAAUACAGACAGUACGGUCAUAAACCUUAACCGUGGCGGUAAAGAUAUUUAUGGUCAGAGCCCUCCAGGUUCAGGUCACGGCUAAAAAACAGAAAAAUCUUCAAGUGGAAGCUUUUGUAAAUUUCUCUUCAUGCUAAGCUCACCUCAUAACUGUUUUACUUUCAGAUUAAGAAUUGAAAUACUGACACUUGGUAUACAUUUAAUAAGGUUUGAUCUUCCUAAUUCUUGAACAAAAUUUUUUACCUCUGAAUUGUGUUGGUUCACUUCUUGGCUUUGUUGGCCUUAAUAGUUUUAUUUAAGUCAUUUCUUAAGCACUCCUGUUUGAGCUUUUUAUGUGAGUUCUGACCUGUUUCUGGCACCAAACAGGUAAAUUAAAUAUACCUUAAAGGGAUAUUCCGGCGUAAAAUUAAUUAAGGGUCAAACACACUGUAACACAGAGUUAGACACCCCUUUAAGAGACCAGUAUUGCCGACCGCUUGCCUCUCUAGUUAUACCAACUUCAGUAACGGCCGCACAAUAGCAAUACACAGCAGUCUAUGAAACCACACACUAACAAAAACCACAACGCCACUCGAUAGCCACAAAUAAUGCUCAGAACAGCACCUAACUUCAUCAACAGUAUAUAUAGGGUCCCAGCCACAGCACUAGCCAUCAAACAUCUUUUUAAUUUUGCCUAAUUUCUUUAGCAAAGAGACUAAACACAACUCACCUACUCUCUUCCAGCAGCCGCUUGUUUGUAGCGAGACCUCGGGCCAGUCCAUUACAGACUGCUGUGGGGUGACACGGCUCAAGGAAGAACAUUUGUGUGUGGUUCCAUAGACCGCUGUGUAUUGCUAUCGUGCGGCCAUUACUAAUGUUGGUAUAACUAGAGAAGCAAGCGGUCGGCAACAUUCAUCUCUUGAGGGGCUGUCUAACUCUGUGUUAUGGUGUGUUUGGCCCUAAAUUAACUUUACGCCGGAAUAUCCCUUUAAGAAGUUGAAAAUAACGUAGUAAAAGUUUUUACCUUCAUAACAGAAGUUUCACAGUUGUAAUGAUAAUCAGACUUAUGCUGCAUAGCUGUCCAUUUUUGGGCCAAAUGCAUAAAGUUAUUGGGAUUAAAUCAUUGAAUCGUGAUGUUUACACCUGUUUUAUUUUGCAGCUGGCGAAAGUGUGACUAAUUUAGACUAAUUAUACACUGCUCUGUAGCCUGAGAAUAAAAAACAAAUAAUCAACUCCUGUAUGAGUUAAAAACUUGGGGUUUGUUUUUGUCCCUUAGGUGUUCUCCAAGUCACUGUGAACAUGGAGGCAGCUGCAGCCAAUCAUGGAGCACCUUCCACUGUAACUGCUCCGGCACGGGCUACAGCGGAGCCACCUGCCACAGCUGUAAGGGCACCGAGCUUUGUUGUUGUGCAAAGGUCACGCACACACACACACUGUAUGGACUCUGUGUGUGUGUGUGUGUGUGUAUGAGCAUGUUUUCAUUCAUGUGCACGUGUUUUCUGUAAUGAGACAACCUGCUGCUUUCACCUUGAGGUCUCUCACAGAAUGUCAGACUCUAACCUCCUUCGAUCAUUGUUGUCCCUUCAGCUACUAAAAAAAGACAGAGGAACAAGAAAGAGAACAGAUAGAGAGAAAAUGAUGAAGUAUGACUACUGAAGGAGACACUUUAUAAGUUAUAAUUACAGCCUUGGAGCAUCUAUUCUUUGGAUGCUCUUUUGUGGCAAAAAUGACUAUAUUCGUAUAUUAGUGGAAAUGGUCUUUGGGGGAACAAUGAAUAUUUGGCUUGAUUACGUGGUGCUUUAAUAUAGUCUCACAGAUUGUAAUUAAGAACAAUUAAAGGGUCUGCUUGUCAAUCAUUUAAGUUAGGAGACUGCCCAGAUGUUUGGACAGACAGAACUGCAUUAGUCUUCAGUGGGACCAUUGACAAUGAGACAUUAAAGCACAUUGAGGAACCAUAACAGCCAUUUCAACUUUCAGUGAUAUUAUUAAACUCUGAACUCAAAUGGAUAUAACAUAAAAAAACAAUUCAACUCAAGCAGGGAACUUAGCAUUUAUGACUUAGGCUUACAGCUAUACAAAUUUCUCUCCCUUAUGGAAAAGGUUUGGUCUUGACCAGGUAUGUGUCCAUUUAGUCAACAAUACAGGUAAAUGUCAAUAAUAAAAAGGUACCAGUUCAAUCUGUCAUCUCACAUUGUGUUGGUCAAUACUUGAUGAUGGCACCACAUGAUUUUGUUUGGCAUCCAGGUUGGGAAUCUCAUUACUCCUUGCAGAUUUACUUUACAUACAGAAGUGAGGGAGAACUGAGAUCAAGUCUUGAGGCUUCUAGUCAAAGCCUGCAGGUUGGUGCUGGCGGGGUGAUAGGGUUGGAAGUUUGAGCGCAGCACUGGUGCAUGGCAGUAGAUGCAAUGGCAAAAGAGACCAGAAAUCCUCGGGCUCAUAGUAACUCUGCGGGCAGCCUGUUAGCUUAGCUAAGGAUUAAGACUGGACACAUCAGGGGGCAGCUAGUCUGGCCAGAGUUAUUAUCCCACUGAGCAAUAGUUGGCUACUAGACGUCUAGUUUUUUUAGACCUAAUUUCAACCGUCUAGAUUCUUUAUAUUUUUAGACCAAAUUUAGAUGUUACACUUUAACCCAUUAUUAGAUAACUAUUUAUCCCAAAUAGAAACUGUGAUUUGCAUAGCUGAUCUUCAAGUUCUUAACUUGGUCUAAAUUUAGACAUCUAAAAAACUUUCAUUUUUAGACCUGUGGUAGCCUGAUUUUAGACUUGACGUCUAGGCUACAUUUAGACGUUUAUUAGACCUCUUUUAGACCAAAAAAUGCUCAGUGGGUUAUUAUAUAUGACUUCAUCUUAAAUGAACACAAACUUUUCAUCUGUGUCAGUACAGAUGCCAAAUCUUAAAACCAACCAGCAUGUGUUUUUGUUUUGUUUUUUUUUUACAGUUGUUUUGUCACAAAGUUACUCCAUCAGGAACAUCUCUUUUCUGUGAACUCUGAUGAUUAUUUUAUGUGUUUUUAUCCUCAUAGUGGCAGACCACUGUAAAGAACUGGUCAACCUGAAGGAUUGUGAUAUUGACAGUGAUAACACUGUAUGUCUCUCUUCCUCCUCAGCAAUAUAUGAGCAGUCCUGUGAAGCAUACAAACACAAAGGCAACACGUCAGGGUAUUAUUACAUCGAUGUGGAUGGCAGCGGACCCAUCAGACCACAACUGAUAUUCUGCAACAUGACGGGUAGCCGACACACACAUCAAACACACGCACACACACACACACACACACACACACACACACAGAUGUCAAAACACAGCGAGCGGGCCCUGUCAUGUCCUGUUUCUCUAUUUCUCUUUUAUCCUGCCUGUAUUUCUGUGUAUUUGUCCAGAGACAUUUCUGAGGUGCAUCCUCUCACCACACACAGACACACACACACACACACACACACACACACACACACACACACACACACACACACACACACACACACACACACACACACACAUAUUAAUACAUACACAAAUACUUUCCUCUGUUUCUCCCUUGACCAGAGGACAAAACCUGGAUUGUGAUCCAGCACAGUAAUGCAGAGUUAACCAGAGUCCGACCAGCACCAGGAAAGACUCGGCACACAGCUCACUUUGACUACUCAUCUGGAGAGGAGCAGCUGGCAGCCAUCAUUAGCCAGUCAGAGCACUGCGAACAGGAACUGACUUAUCACUGCAGGAAGUCACGCCUCAACACACCAGGUUAGGUUCUCUGAUCAUCUGUGAAAUUUCAGACCAAGACUCAAAGCUACACUUAGAUAUAUACUAACUAGAUGACAGAAGAGUUGCACAUCUCAUAAGAAAAGGAAACUCAGGAGCGAGAAAAAAGUUGAAAAUUAGCAAAGAUUUCUUUUGUGCUUCUGUAUUAAACUUUUUGAAUUCUCAUUUUUUGUGUACAUUUAAAAAUGCAGUGUUCAGCCAAUUCAGUGAAAUGCACGUUACCCUGACACCCACUCGUACUUUAGAUCAGUUGUUGAUAUGUUUUAAAUAAAAAUAAAAAAAUAUAUUUUAAAAGACCACAUAAGAACUACUGGAAACACGUUAUUUAAAGCCUCUCUCUAUUACACAUUAUGAAUAUAUGUAUCAUAUGUUGUAACCACAUUAUAACCCUGUAUAACUAUACUUAUGAACACUCAUAAAUGAUCGUAAUGCUUUGUAGCAAUAAUCAAAACACAUUAUAAAGCAUUUUAUCAUGACUAACAAGGUCAGGUAUUAUAAUGUGUUAUAACUGUUAACAACAGUUGCAUUGCAUUAUCUAUGUGGGCAUUGUCAGUGAGUUGUUAACAGUUAUAACACAUUAUAAUACCUGACCUUGUUAGUCAUGAUAAAAUGCUUUAUAAUGUGUGAUGAUUAUUGAUAUAAAGCAUUAUGAUCAUUUAUGAGUGUUUAUAACUAUAGUUAUACAGUGUUAUAACGUGGUUAUAACAUAUUAUACAUAGAUUUAUAAUGUGUAAUAGAGAGAGGCUUUAAAUAACGUGUUACCAAACUACUAAAUGGGCAUAUUACUGUAAGUGUCAGUGUGGAUAGUGAUCUUUUACAGUUAAAAUGUUCAGUUGAUAUUAACAAUUAAUGACACUUUUUUGUAUGAUUAACAAAAGAUUGGAAAAGUAUUUUAGGAACUUUUGACUGAAGUAACUGAGCUUUAUUAUGGAAAAACAGGGUAGAUUAGGGUUAAUCUUAAGAUCUGGAUCAUCAUGGUUCUUGCCACAGAAAGCAUACUCAGAAACCUAUUAUCAGACUAAAUUGACCUUAUAUGUGUGCUGCAGAUGGCCCUCCACUCAGCUGGUGGGUUGGAGGUCCAGGUACAGGACAGAUGCAGACUUACUGGGAUGGAGCCUCUCCAGAUGUCCGACGGUGUGCCUGUGGUCUGCAGGGGAAGUGUGUGGACCCCAAACACUUCUGCAACUGCGAUGCUGACCACACUGAGUGGUACUGUGAAUGUUCCUAAGAUUAAUCAGUGAAAGCUAUUGUGUUUCAGAGUACUGCUUUUACUAAUUAAGCUCGUAGGAUAACAGAUGGACCGGUUUGUAGCUGAUGCAUCCCAAAGGUGCUCCAUUGUUGGAAGAAAUAAGGAUGAUUCAUUCCCUUAUUUUCUCUCUGAUCACUGGAACUGAUGGCAAAGUUGUAUCUUAAACUCAUCUUUUCUUAUUUCUUCUGUUUGUUAUAUCCUUCUCCUUCACUCUCUGGGUUCCUUUAUAAAUUACUUCCUUCCUUCCUUCCUCUGCUUCAUCCUGUCCCCUUCAGGGCUAAUGACUCGGGCCUGCUGACUCAUAAGGAGACCCUCCCUGUCAGAUCUCUGGUGCUGGGUGAUAUUCAGAGGCCGGGCUCUGAAGGUGCCUACAGGGUGGGGCAUCUGCGUUGUCAUGGAGACAGUGAGUCCAGUCCAGAAUCUGAACAUGAUCAACACUUAGAGAGGAGACUUUGUUAUUAUUAUUAAGUAACAAACUUGUCCUUCUUCUUAAAGCUAAUUUCAAAGAAGAUGGUUAACAGUUAAUUAUGAACUUUCAGAGAACGUCUGGAACGCUGCAUAUUUUGACAAAGAGACGUCGUACCUCCACUUCCCCACAUUUCACGGAGAGCUGAGUGCAGAUAUCUCCUUCUACUUCAAAACCACCUCCCCCUCCGGAGUGUUCUUGGAAAAUUUGGGCAUCAAAGACUUCAUUCGGAUUGAACUGAGCUGUGAGUGAAUCCAUACAGGUUAGACGUCUAAUCCUGACUUUUCUUGGAUGUGAGCAAAACUUGAGCAGAAGGGAUAAUCCUUGGAGUUAAAGUUUCAUCUGAGGUGAACUAAAAAGGAGAUGGUGAUCCUGACAGGAAAACCAUCUCGGUUCUUUCUAGAUGUAACAAAAUACGUGUUUUUAGUGGUCUUUUUUCUUACAUAUACAACACAGUUUAUUGUCCUCUGUAUCACUUCAGUCAAGAAUUUACAAAGAAAAACAGCUGUUGAUAAAGUGACCUUUUCCUUGUAUGUGUUUGCAAAAGAAAAAACUCUUCUAUCACAGAUGGUCUUUACAGAAAUAGAAGAACAGGUAGUUCUUUAUUUAUAUCCCACUAAAUUAUUCAUCUUCUCAAGAAACCAGGUUAUGCACAAAAAAAAAAUCCUUUUCCUGGCUGUGGUAAGCAUCAGCUUGUCCCUCUGAAACACUGGCAGCAUGCUCAUAAUAAGCUGCAGCUUCAGAGCUGAGGAUGGACGGCAAUAACCACUAAGAUUUAGUUCUUUAUUUCUUCUUCUGUUUGUUAUAUUGAUUCACUUGAAGUAUAAAUAAAGCAAUUCACAUAUUAGGAGACCGAUUUGAAAGAGCAGGCGAAAGGGUUGAGUCAUACCCUCUACAAAUUGUGACAGGAGCUUGUGUAUACUGUUUCUGCCUGAGCACACCUCUGAGUGUUUGCAGCAGCAAACAGGUGGAGCAAGCGAAGCAUGGGCUGCAGGGAGGUGCAGAGGACAGGCUGAAGGUGUGUUGAUAUUUUAAAAUGACUCUUCAUUUCUUCCUUCAAUGAUGCAGCCUCAACAGAGGUGCUCUUCUCCUUCGAUGUGGGUAAUGGUCCACUGGAGGUUCGUGUGACAGCUGGUUUCCCGCUGGACGACAACAGGUGGCACCGUGUACGAGCUGAGCGGAACGUUAGAGAGGCAUCGCUACGCCUGGACGAGCUCCCUGCUGCCACGCAGGAGGCUCCUGCUGACGGGCAUAUCCACCUGCAGCUGAACAGCCAGUUAUUUAUAGGUGAGCGUGUAUCUGUGAGUUGAGAUGUGUUUGUUUCACAGGGUUGAUGCAUGUAUGACAUGCAACUUGAAGCUUUCUCUUUGUCCAUGCAUGAGUUUUCAUUAUGCAACACCCAUCAGCUGUCAUUCUCACAUUUACCCUUUCCCGGUCCCACCUUAUAUCCAUUUGAACCUUACAUACAACUGCCCAUUGUUGCUGGGCAGGCAUUUUGGUAACACUUUACUUGACGCCUGUCUUUAUAACGCAUUAUAAAUAUAUGUGUAAUGCGUUAUAAUCUCGUUAUAGCACUGUAUAACUAUAGUUAUAAACACUCAUAAAUGAUCAUAAUGCUUUAUAGCAAUAAUAAUAACACAUAAUAAAGCAUUUUAUCAUGACUUACAAGGUCAGGUAUUAUAAUGUGAUAUGCUUAUUGUUAUGAAACCUUAUGAUAAUUGAUUAGUGUUUAUAAUGAUAGUUUUACAAGUUUAUAAGCAAAUUAUAAAACAUCAUAAAUAUAUGAAAAAUGCAUUUUCUAUGUGGGCAUUGUCAGUGAGUUGUUAACAGUUACAACACAUUAUAAUACCUGACCUUGUAAGUCAUGAUAAAAUGCUUCAUUAUGUGUUAUGAUUAUUGAUAUAAAGCAUUAUGAUCAUCUAUGAGUGUUUAUAACUAUAGUUAUACAGUGUUAUAACGUGAGUAUAACACAUUAUAAAUAUAUUUAUAAUGUGUGAUAGAGAAAGGCGUAAAAUAAAGUGUAACUGGCAUUUUGUCUGUGUGUGUGUUUGUGUGUGUGUAUCUCAGUCACUUUCUAAACAGUUAUAUUUUACUCACCUGCUACUCACUUUGUGUGCUUCUACAUGUUUAUCACUUGCACAUUGAUUGCACAUUUUUGUCUGUCCUGCGUAGAAAGGAAGCAGAUGGUAAGAGAAAUACUGUUUUUCAGCAAAACCAGUGUUAGAAAAACACUUGAAGUUCUGCUUCCCAUCUUCGUUUUUCCUGUGCAGCAGAUAUACCGCAGUGCUGUCUCUCACAUCGAUCCACCCUGACACUGACAGACUUGAGGGAGGUCAACCAUCUUAUUACAAUACUUACAACUAAAACGAGUCAAUAAAAGUAAUACUUUUAUUCACACUUUAUAGACUGAGAAAAAAAUCCCUCAACACACAAAAAAAUGGAGAAAAAAUAUCCUUCGAUGAAAGUUGCAUUUGUCCUGUAGUGGUCAGUCUCUCUGUAAUAACCUUGGCACAAUUCUUGAAACAAGUCUCUAAGCAAAGUGAGUUCUUUCCUGGCAGCUCCUGAGAAAACUCCAGGCCCUCAUGUGAACCGCAUCAUGCCUGGAGAAAAGCUGUCAAUCUCAUCAUAACAGGCUUGAGGUGUCUUUAAUUUGCCAGUUUGGCACUCUGAGACAAUUAUAAUGUUGCAGGGCCUGAACUCUGAGGACAUUUAGAGGUUGUAUUUGGAAAACAGGAACAUUCAGAGUUUGAAUUCUCUUCAGGAAGGGGAAAAUAUUUCCCUGUCACAGUCAGCUGGUCAGGACAAACAAGCCGACUGUCAGAUUGAUUGACAACUCGCUAAAUUUUUUGACAUCAUUGUGCUUGUCAACCAGUGAAAACUGUGUACACUUUGGCAUUUUUCAUCUGUCAGUCUGUGUUUCAGUGCGGUACAGCUCCUCAUCAUUUUAGAAAACAGUCAGAUUUUAAAAUGAAAUGCUACUUUGCAUAUUCCUCCAAUUGUUGAAGCGACGGUGGCCCUCUUGGACAAAAAAAGAAUCCUGUGAUGCAUGACUAGUAGCCUACAUUCCUCCAUUUGUCAAGAAAUUACCGUCAAAAACAUCCAUCAGUUCAAAUUCUUUCACACAAAACAAUCUCUCACUUCUUCAUCUCCGAAAUGCUGCAUUUUUAUGUGGCCGCUCAUGAAAUACAAAAACACAACUGUCUGUUUUUAGCAAUGGCAGAUGAUGGGGACUCGCUCCUGAGUAGAUUUAAAAGGCUCAUUAUGAGUGAAAAAAACAUGAUGAUUUUAAUAUUCAGAUGAUUAUACACUAAUUCAAACUUAUGUAUAUAAACUAUUUUUUUCCGUUUCUACCAAAUCUGCAUCGUGAAAUGUCACUGUCUUUCUUCAUGUGUGUCCUCAGGAGGCACAGCGUCCAGACAGAAAGGUUUCCGGGGUUGCAUUCGCUCUCUGCAGAUGAAUGGCAUCACCCUGGACCUGGAGGAGAGAGCAAAGAUCACCCCCGGGGUCGAAGCAGGAUGUCCAGGCUACUGCAGCAGCUACGGCUCUCUCUGCCAGAACCAGGGUCGCUGCGUGGAGAGACCAAACAGCUUCUCCUGCGACUGUGGCCCAUCUGCUUACACUGGAGCCUUCUGUGAGAGAGGUACAGGCUUUGUUGACCAACUCACAGCUGCACCUGCUGCCAUCAAUUAAAUUGGAUUGAGUCGAAUUACUUGAGCAUGAAAAAGUCAUGACACUACAUUGUUGAAAAUCAGCACAUUUCACUUGGCGUAGUUGACAAGUCAAAAGCAGCGUUCGUCAGAAGUUUGUGCCGAACAAAAUUCCUGUAUCACCUAAAUCCUCAAAGUUUUCGCUACCAUCUGUGAGCCAAACAUUCAUGUGCGGCUUAUCAAACAGAUGCCAACAGCACAAAAACGAACAAGGCGCUGUCUUGGAUUGUGUGAAUCACAACAUACUUGUGAAUAAAUCUUAACAAGUUAACAACACUGCUUGAAAAAUCUGUGGCAGAUGAUUUCAUUGUGGACCACUGGAUAUCAGUGAGUAGUAGGGCUGGGCGAUAUGGGAAAAACUUUAUCACAAUAUUUUUUUCAUAUCAGUCGAUAUCGAUAUAUAUCACGAUAUAAAAAAAUCACUGCUUCAGGUGGUGAAAAAUUUUGAGGUAUUCCCCGACUUUGCAAGAACAUGUACUCGACAUAAUUUGCAGUGUACAUUACUCUGUUUCGUGUGCGACCUCAAAAAACCAAAAUACCUCCACACAACCAAUGUUUCAUGCCAGUGUUGUCGACAAUGCCAUCAUCUGUUGAUCCUUCAUCUGCAUUUCUGCCGGGGGUAGCACUCGUUUUCUUUUUGUCUCCCCGACAGUGCUGUCGGCUUCACGUGUUAAAGUGCUAUGGUUGCAUGUAGCUGCAGCCUGCUACUACGCAGUCGUUUGCUACUUGGUUCUAAUUCAGCUCAUGAUUGGUUCAGCGCGAAGUGGACCCAGAGCAACUCCCCUUUUCAUUAGCUUUUGGUAUAGUCAACCAAAACAUGGCUAUCAAAAAGCAUAUUGACCAUAUUUUAUAUCGAUAUCAUUUUAUCACCCAGCACUAUCAGUGGGUAGUUAAUUUAUGCUGGAACAACCAAACACCAUAUAUAUAUUUUUUUAUUUAACCUUUAUUUAGCCAGAAAAAAAACACAUUGAGAUCAAAAAAUCUCUUUUCCAAGUGUGUCCUGGCCAAGACAGGCAGCAGGCACAGUUACCGAGACACUAACAGACAAAUUUACAGUGAUUCAUAAUGGAGAAACAUCAGGCAAAAAAAUCACAAUCCAAACAUUACACACCUACGCAAGCGCUAAGCCCCGUGGUCAUUUAGAGGCAACAUCUGCAGACAGUUGAGUCAUUGAUUAGACAUUGCACCCCUUUGAGACAGUAGUUUGACAACCCUCGUUCACUCACAUCAAUGAUGAUAAUAAUAAUCAUUUCUAUAGCACCUUUUAAAGAAUCCAAGGUCGCUUUUCAAAGUGGAGUAAUGAACACAAAAUAAAUAUAAAAUGAGAUCAUUAUAAUUCCAGAUUUUAGACUGAGGUUAGUGAAAAGGCAUGAGUUAUUGGAGGUUGUUGAUGGACAGGUGAUGCAGGUCAGAGAUGGGACAUUUGGCUAUCUGAAGGGAGAUUGUUCCAGAGGGUGGGGGCUGUGGCGCAGACAGCCCUGCCCCCCCAUAUUUACAGAGGCUGGUGUUUGGGAUGAAGAGAAGGCCAGUGUCUGAAGACCAAAGGUCAUACGCAUUGCACGCAGUUUUAAACAACACAACAACAGUACAGUAUCUGAGCCUCAUUAGCAUUCAGUGACAGACAGGACCAGCUGUGCAGUCUUUAGAGGCACCAGAACUAUAUCUGGAAAAUCACAACUCUCAUAAACAAAUGUGUGAUCAUUUGCAGAGACAUAAUGCAUUGUUCUUUUCACCUGUCAGCUGGUUCUCCUGCAACAGUUUUGUCUCUUCAAGCUCACUAAUUAGGUUUUGUCAGAGCUGCCGAGUUUCUUUUCAUACUCUACAUGAUUUACUGACAGAGUCCUCCUGUGAGAUCAGCUGCUGUAUUCAGUGUGAAGACAAACAGUAUCUUCUCAUUCGAAUUUAAAUGCAAAUUAUAGUGUCUCUGAUGUAGCAGAGUAAGUUGUGAAGUGAGAAGAUAAUUACUUUGUCUUAUUCCCAAGUGAUAUAAAGCAAGCAAUAUAAAGUUGUAGUUGAAUCUUUGAUUUCACUCCAACUUUUUCAUCAGCCAAAUUAAAAGAAAAAAAAUCACAUCACACUUGUACAAAUAACUGCCUGAUCUAAGUGAACUUCUGUCUCCUGUCCCAUAGAGGUUUCAGCCAGCUUCAAGUCAGGAACAUCUGUCAGCUACACCUUCAAGGAGCAGGUGGUGAGUGAUUUGAACAAGAGCAGCAGCAGCACUCUGCCCUCUUCCAUCUACUCUGACGCCACCCUGAGAGCAGAAAACAUCUCCCUGAGCUUCAGGACCAUCCAGAGUCCAGCUCUGCUCCUUUAUGUUGGCUCACACCUCAAAGAAUACCUGGCUCUGCUGCUUAACAAAUAUGGUGAGCGCUCAAAUCUUAUUAUAUUUACUGUUUUGUUGACAAUGAUGAUUGUUUCCCCUUUACUUGGUUGAAUCCAUAUGUUUAACCAACAGACACACACCUUUUCUGUUUUUCCUGCAGCUCAAGGUAAAAUACAGUUUUAAUAUUCCAUCAUCAAACAACCUCUUCAAUUCCUGUUGCACAUAUCCUGUCGACCUUGUCCUCUUCAUCUGCUCUCUCCUUUACGUUUUCUUUCUGCUCUCCUUAUUCUUCUCCUCUGCUGCUGUUCACUUCAGUGUUUAAUUAAUGAAGUUGCCCAGAGUUCAGUCAGAGGAGCAGUGCAAAGGGAUUUGAAUUGAAAAGGACAAAGAAGACCGAUAAAGCUAUUAUAAGUAGGAUUGGACCUAGAUUAGCUGUAAAUAGACCAUGAAUAGACUGCUUUAAUGACCCUGACUGCAGGGAGCUGAUGGGCGAAAGGUCAUUAGAAAUAACUCGCAUAAUCAGGGUGUCAACAGGUGGCUGCAUUAAAUCUGAAGUUUCCUAUCAAACUUUAUUUUUCUUCAGUGAAAGAAGUCUGUAUAAACUCUGUGAACCUUUGUGACUCUAUAGGGAAAACAAUAAACCAAUAAGUAAGUCAGUUUACGUAGACACAUCAUUCAUGAGACUAUCUAGCCUUAUUUAAGAAAUUUAAACAACACAAAGAAGAUGUAUGUUAUGUUAGUCAUGAAAUAUUUGAAGGAAAAAAGUUCAGUUGUCACAUCUAUGAGCUUUUUGAAUAUCUCUAUGUCUGCAGCGUCUCUCAGCUCUGCAGUCACCUCCCGUCGUGGUCAUUACAGUUUGACCUCACGCACCUCAAGUCUCUCUUCCUGCAACUUUUCUCUGCCUGCUCCUGUCUAAUAAGUUUGGCACAAAGAGGAGAGUUAAAGUAAUUACCAACACUGAAAAAAAUGAAUUAUUUAUGAUUUUAGAAAAACUUGUCCUGCUCUCAUUAAUUCUGCCUGGCCUGUACAUUUACAGACUUUUGGUUAUGUCGUACUCACAGCUAUUGGCAUACUCAUAUGAAUUUGUGGGAGUUAAACAUGGAAAAUGCAAACUUAUGAUACAUUUUCCCUUAAAAUAUGAAAUAUAGUCGUGCUUCUUUUGCAGUUUUUGUAUAAUCUACUUUGACAUGAUAAUCAGCUGGUAAAAGGACAGCUUUAGUAAAGAAGAUCUCAAACAUCCUCGAGGAAGUAACCAGGUGCCUUUGAGGUGAAUCUCAUGACUUCAACUUGAAUACUAAAGUGAUUGUAUAAAUGGCUGUUCAUUUUAAAGUCUUGGUUUCUUGCCGAGUCCAACAAUAUGUUGUUUUUGUUAUUUUGUGUUUGCAGACAGACUGGAGGUCAGGUACAGGCUGGAUGGUAGUAAAGAUGCAGAGAUCCUGAGGAGUAAAGUGAGGAACCUCGCUAAUGGGAAGCUACAUGCUGUGACUAUCAGCAGACUGGCAGACUCUGUUUCUCUGCAGGUAACACACUCAAACACAUCAGACUGGAGUUUUUCGUGGGUAUGGGUUUCCUCCUACUUUCAAACAGGCAUCAGGGAACAGCUAGAGAAAAGAGCGACAAAUAAAAAGGUUGAGCUGCAGUGAGAAAGCUGACACCAAAAUGAUUGUGGACGCUCUUGAAUUGCUUUUCCCUUCACCUUGAAAAGAACACACCUUCCAGCAUUCAGUAUCAAAUCCGUCCAGUUAAAACUAUUCAUAAAGCUUCUGCAGGUUCAUGAUUAAUUCUUCAUUUUAACUCUGAUGUACCUGAUACACAGAAAUCUUUGAAUAAAGAGGCUUAAGGUUAGGUCAGUGUCACUUUGUUUAUUGGAAAAAUAACAAAUGAAUACAGGCAACGUGAAACUGUGUUUUCCCUGAACACAGAUGACUGUUUUCUUGAAUUAAAAAUUCUUGUUAUCUGUUUACGUUGAAGUACUUACUUUCCAUUCAUAACAAGGUUUCUUUCAGAUUGACAGGAACUCCAAAGAGGACUUCAACCUCUCAACUGACGUAGAGUUCAAUGGCAUCAGGUCACUUGUUGUGGGCCGAGUACAAGGUAAGUAAACAGCUACAAAAAAGCCCAACAAGGCCCUUUGGGUAACAGCAUACUCAGAGAAACUAGCAUUAGAAGUAUUCUGUUUUAUAAGACAACAAGAGUUUUAUUAUUGUGGUUGGGUCCGUUUAAGGAGGUCUAGAGAGCUCUUUCAGGUAAAGGAGACAGGAAGACAGAUUCAUACAGAUUAAUGCUGCAUGGGUAACCUCCCGAAAUGUUAAAGGUGGAACUAAACGUACAAAAGAAAUAGAUUUUAAUGGUAACUGUUGAAAGUUAUGCAAGAGGAUGAGAAAAAAUUAGAAAUUAUAUUUAAAUGAUUGACUCUUUAAAAUAUUUGACCUCCUAGUUUGAUAGUGGUCAUUGUAUGAAUGAGUUUGUAUCAGACAGGUUAAGAAUUUGAAGCCACUCAGCAACAAUUGGUAUUUGUUUCAUGGUGACGAAAAUCAGUCCAAAAUGAUGAUGGAAGAUUUAAAAAAAGAAAGAAAAGUCAUAUUUUUUAAAUCGUUUUUCCUGACAUAAGUUUCUGUUUGCCAACAACACAGCUUUCAUUUGCUACAUGAUUGCAGCUUUUAAAGAAAAUUUUCUGUAAUGACAUGCAACUUCUUUUUUCUGACUUCUUCUCACUUUAAAUCAUUUCUACUGGCGUAUAAGUCAAGGCAGUAACAGAGUUGCAGGCUUUAGUCCUCUUUGUACAUUUGGAGACUAUUUCUCUCUCUCUCUCUCUCUCUCUCUCUCUCUCUCUCUCUCUCUCUCUCUCUCUCUCUCUCUCUCUCUGCAGACUCUGGUGGUAUGGGUCUGGACCUGGAGCUGUCUCGUCUUGCCUCUCUUGGUUUCACAGGCUGCCUGUCAGCCAUCCUCUUUAACUCCAUCAGUCCUCUGAAAGCUGCUCUGCUGAAUUCACAAACCAGCCCUGUAACCGUCUCUGGCCCGCUGGUCCAGUCCAUGUGUGGCUCCUCUUCAGCCAAUUCCUACACAGCUGAGACCACACACCACCUGUCAGGUCAGAGAAUUAUGUAGAUACUUUCUGUAUUUAUAUUCUUUCCACUAGAGCUCAAAUGGACUUUCUUAGUCUUGAAAAUAUGACCUUUUCAGGGAGUUAAAACUGGUAACCUGUGGGACAUUGCUUGCUAGGCAGUCAAAGCACACCUGAUUUGCACAGACAGCCUGGGUUCGGCUCCUUUCCUGCAUGUCACUCUCAAUUCCCUCUCUCCAUGUUUCCUCCUUUAACCACUGACUUGUCGAGUUAAGGCCGAAAGUGUAAAAAUAAAAUCUUUAUUACCAACAUAUUAUUAAAUCAUGUUCACAAGCAGCAAAGACAGAUCUGUGGUCAAACACAUUUUAAAAACAACAAAAGGGAAGUGAAUUCAAACACCAAUCUUUAAGUAACUUCAUAAAGACAACAGUCUGAAGUCUGCAGACCAAUUUAAAAGUUUAGUUUUUAUCUCAGUCAGCUUGAAACUGCUUCAAUAAAAAGCUGUGCUGUAAUGAAAAACUGUAAUGAGUAAAGGGAAAGUUGAGAACAAGUCUUAACCCAAAAGACUUAAGUGUUUCUUCACAAACCUAUGGAUAGAUGCUGUAGCUCUAUACCAUUAUAACACCCACUUCCUCAAGGGUCUUAAAUGGAUUUAGUUAACAUAGACAGUAGUAUUCACCUUUCUGUGGGGGCGCUACCUUUCAAACUUUACAACGGGACCCUUGGGUUUCUAAAAAUGUGAGGACACCAGGAGAAUGAACACUCCAGGAAACAAUUAAUUCAGUUCAGGGAAGAGUUUCCUUCACUGUAUGUGUCCCAUGAGGUCGCUCAUACAGAGAAUGAUAUGGAGAUGUGUGGUGUUAUCCCACAUGUAUUACCUGCACUGAUGGUGGGCUUAUAUAUGAUUCCUGUUUGCCUCUUCAUUUCUCCUUCGAGCAUCAAUCUACAGAACUUUUCUCCAUUUUCAUUUCCGUGUCACAAAGGACCUCUGCGCUCCCUCACGUCCUCUUACAAUCCCAACUAUUUAUCCUCAUUUCUCAUUUUCUUCCUCAUCACUUUUUUAAAUUCCUCUGUGAUACCUCCUACAUUCUUGCCCUCCGUCUUUUUAUUCCCACAGCUUUCUUGACUUGUUAUUUCUUCCGUCUUGCUGUGCUGCAGGUCAGUCUGGAUCAGUGGAAAGGGGUCAGCCUUUAGUGAACGCCAUCAGAAGUGACUCAGCCAUGAUUGGAGGUAAGGUACCGGCAAUGUUUUACACAUAGGUUUCAGUUAGUUAGUUAAUAAAAUACUUUAUAGUCAGAAUCUCAUCUGGACAUUUUCUUGCACCUAAGAAAAAAGAAAACUUUACAACAUAUACAACACAAUAUAGCACCAAAAAAUUAGAUGAAUAAAACAAAAUAUAACAAGACAAAUAUCAGACAUGUAACGUGCUUUAUAAAUAACAUCAAAGUGGUUGCAGUGCCUCCAAGUCCCUUCUCGGACAGCUAUUUAUUGCCCUGACGAGACUAACUUUGGAUUUAUGUAUGCCAGAUUUUUAUGUGUUGUUGACAUCUUUUAAAAAUUGUUUUCACUUUCUCAGUGAGUAAAUUAUUGUCCUGCAGGAGACUUCUCCAUAAAAUCAGCAUUAAUUUUCACAACACUGUCGAGCUUUAAUUGCGAUUUAAACACUGUGACUCGCAGACAAAUACCCUCCACUAAUUAGAAUGUAAAUCCCUUAUACUCCAGGUAAACCAACUAUAUGUUGUUGUUGUUUUAUUUUUUUUAUGUCAAUGCAGAGGCCCACUAAUAGCUAAAAUUGCUCAGGGAGUCAGGAGGUAAUGAGUUGACUGCUCUUCGUAAUGAUGAAGAGAAAAAGCAAUCUACUGCUGUCUCCCUGCCUGGAGGAUCACUGGCCAGUUUACUUUAAAUGGUGUCUUACUUUUUUCUUGUAAUGUCUCCCUUAAAAAGUUGUUCUUAUUUGCCACCUGAAUUAAGACAUUAAGCUGCUUUCAAACGAAAUAAAUGACAUUGAUAAAAUAGGUUCUGCAAAGGAAAAGAAAUUGCCACGAGCGAGAGGGAAACAACAGUCAGAGUCGUGUCGGCAGGACAGCAACAUCAAUGUCUACACUAUAAUAAAAGGAGACAAUUAAAGGGUUAAUCAGCAACUUUUCUUACUCCCAUCAGAAGUUCAAAUUCAUGAGGAGUUAUCGUGACAAACAUACAGCAUGUGCUCCCAUAAAUGAAUUUUCUCUGUUCCCAUAUGAAUUUUCUGAGGUCUGUGCAUCAAAACUACCUGGUAAAUUUGAGAAAAUAGACUCAAGAUUUCAAGAUUUGUUUAUUUGUCAUGUGGAUGUUAAAUAAGGUCAACAAUGCAAUGAAAUGCCUAGGAUGAGAGGACCGCUCGACUCAGAGGAGUACAGAUAAAACACACAAUUAGUAGGCUACUAAGGGGAAUACAGUAAAAUAAGGAUACAAAAAUAUUAAAGACGAAUGAAAGUAUAAGAGAAAUAUUUACAAAGUGCACAAGUAAUGCAGUAGGUGCUGGAUGUGAAUGUAUGAAACGGAGGAUAAGUCGGUGGGAUAAAUGAGGUUGAAAAUUGCCAUAUUGCACAUGAUAAAUAAUGGUGUAUGAAUUGCGUAUUGCACAUGGUAAUGACCAUGGUUUUGGUCAAAGGAAGAUACUUUCAAGGUGAGUUAAAGAUGGCAAUGAUGUCAAGUAACAUUGCUGCUAACAUGGGCCUGUUAGAUACAGAAGCUCAAAAAAGUUAUGCAACUUUUAUCUAAACUUAACUUAAACAGGCCUCCUUGUUUCCUGUUUUUAAAUCCCUUUUGAAAACGCACUUUUAUUCCUUGGCUUUUAAUAUAUUUUAGUGUUAUAUUGUUUGUUUUGAUCUUAGCACUUGCCGUGAGCCUGCUUAUUUAUAUAUUUAUAUUUAUUGCAUUUAUGUAUUUUUGCUCGCUCUAUUUUGUUCUUUGCUUGUUUUGUUUGUUUUUAUGUCACAAUGUACAGCACUUUGGCUACCCCCGUGGUUCUUUUAAAUGUGCUAUAGAAAUAAAGUUGAUUGAUUGAUUGAUUAAACUUUUCUUCGAAGCUGAAGCAAUCAGUCAUGGUCUCACUAAUGGGACUUUUUGCUUUGUUUAUCUGAGUCAGUAAAUCCCAAUUAACACAUCUAAAAAAGCCAGGAAAUUAGCGGUAACAACCGAAAAUUGGACUCAAAAAUCAAUUUGACAUUUGAUUUACCAGUGGCAGCCUCCUCAACAUAAAAAAGGGUCCCUAUAUUCACUGCUCAGCUGGUGAAACUUUUCCUCUGUCUCUGCCCGGUAGGUGUGAUCGCAGUGGUGAUCUUUGUGACUGCGUCUGCUUUGGCCAUAACGGCUCGAAUCCUCUACAGGAGGAAAGGAACAUGUCCGAGCCAGGAUACAAAAACAGUCAAAACUGAGGACAGCCCGGAGCUGCCGUUCAGCAGCCAGACCAGCACACAGAAUGGUCCGAGUGAGAACCAGAAAGAGUUUUACAUUUAGGUGGAGGUUUGAACCUGCUGCUGACCUCACAGAGCGAUGGAGGCGGGGAGAGAGGCAGAGGUGCCUUGUCAAGUCCCACUGCUCUACAUCACAAACUGAGCCCUGAGCAGCGGCUUAACAGAACAGGGAGACACUCUGAACUGAGCACUUACACUCCGCCCUCUUUUGCUUUCAGCCUCUGUGAUUUUAUUUUUGUAAAAAUUGUGUAUAAAUGUACAAAAACAAAGUGUUGAAUUCAAAUGUCAGAAGAGAUCAUUGAACAUUGUAAAUACUGUAUUUAAUGUUGUAAAUCUUACAACUAUGACUGGUUCUUCUUCUGCCCUGUUGAGAUAGUUAUUAUAAAUCAAUGAAAGAAGUAAUUUAAUUUCAUUGAAUCGUUUGAAUUAAAGCAAAAAAGUGUUCCUCUGGUGUGAAUUAAAAUGACUUUUUCAACAUA